UCUGGGCCCUCCUGAGCAGUUUGAGCAUUCCCAACCUCGCCUCGGGUGGAGGGAUUGCGAGGAGGGAAAGCAAAACUACACGGCCUCUAUUCUGUGUAGUUUUGUUUUUUUGGGGGGAUAUUUCGAGGCUCGACCGUUCUCAUCUUGGAUUUUUCUGGAAAAACCUUCCUGGAUAAGGAGACUGUUGCUCGUUGUUCUGCCGGGCUCUGUCCCAUCAUUUUAGGCACUCUUGUGAUACAAGGUGCCGACCAUCAUGUCAACUCAAGCGCCGACGUUCACGCAGCCGCUACAGAGCGUCGUGGCACUGGAGGGUAGUGCCGCCACGUUCGAGGCUCAAGUUAGUGGUUCUCCAGUUCCUGAGGUGAGCUGGUUCCGUGAUGGCCAGGUACUUUCUGCUGCCGCUCUGCCCGGCGUUCAGAUCUCGUUCAGCGAUGGCCGCGCUGUUCUGAGGAUUCCUGCUGUGACCGCCGCGCACAGCGGACGAUUUUCUGUCAGAGCCACCAACGGUGCUGGACAAGCCACAAGCACAGCCGAACUCUUAGUUACAGCGGAGACGGUGCCUCCGAGCUUCAUUCAGAGACUACAGAGCUCCACGGUGAGACAGGGCAGCCAGGUGAGGCUGGAUGUUCGAGUCACCGGGAUCCCUGCACCUGUGGUGAAAUUCUACAGAGAAGGGGCUGAGAUCCAGAGCUCCACCGACUUCAGAAUCAUCCAGGACGGAGACCUGCACAGCUUGCUGAUUGCUGAGGCCUUCCCAGAGGAUUCUGGGACGUAUUCAGUGACAGCCACCAACAGCAGCGGACGGGCCACCUCCACAGCCGAACUGCUGGUUCAGGGUGAAGAAGCCGUUCCAGCAAAGAAAACAAAGACCGUGAUUUCAACCGCCCAGAUUUCAGAGACCCGACAGACCAGAGUAGAAAAGAAGAUGGAGGCCAGUUUCCAGGCCUCCGCCAUGAUGGCGAUGCAGAUAGAGGGCGCAGAGCUGGCUCACAAGACUCCACCCAGAGUUCCUCCCAAACCCACAUCCAAGUCACCAACUCAGCUAUCACUGGUGGCCAAGGUGACCGGGGGACGGCAACAGUCACCGUCACCUGUCAGACAUGUGAAGGCACCCACACCCACGCCUGUCAGGGCAGUCCCGUCCCCUAUCACCGCACACAAGCAGGCCGCCGGUGACGUCCUCCCGCCCUGGAAGCAGGAAGACUACGUGGCCGAGGCCAGGACUGUCACUCAGUUGGUCCGAGAGCAACAGGUCACCAUGGUCAAACAGGCUGAGGGAGGGAAAAGAGCGGGGGCAGUGGCCACCGUGGUAGCUGCCGUCGACCUCGCUCGUGUCCGUCAGCCCGCGCUUGUCGAGGGGGAUCGAGCUGAAGAGGACGAGGCUGUAGAGGUGGACUUAAGGCAGCAGGCCGCCGCCGUGGCUGCUGAUCAAAACUAUCGAGCUGCUUUGACAUCAACAAGAGUGCAAAGUGGCCACAUGCUUUCUACUGCUCAGGAGUUUACACGUGAAGCAGCCGUGCUGCAGCCUCAGAUUCAGGGAGUGACAGAAAUCUCCUCCCGUGUGGACACUGGUCUCACCCCAUCUCCAGUUCCACAAUUCACAGUUUCUAAAGUGUCUGUCCCAAAACUCGAGUCUAGCAGUGAGGUUUCCAUCGCCGGCUCGGCCAUGGCCACUCUGCAGAAAGAGUUAUCCUCGUCUUCUGCCACUGUUCGAAAGAUCAUCAAGCCUGUCAAGUCUCCCAGUCCAUCUCGCAGAGUAGCAGAGACCAGAGAGAUGCUGGAGACCGUCCCACCACCGUUCAAACACUUCACUGACAAAUAUCAGAGUCGUUCUGGCUCUGAGUUACAGACCGGGGUGGUGUACUCAGGCAGAAUGGAGAGAAUGUAUGAGGACUGGGGAGCCCAGGUGGUGGAGGCAGCUGCGGUGCCUUCUGCCGGUGGUGCUGUGGUCCCUCCCACGCUGAUUUCUGGAUUGAAGAACACAAAUGUGAUCGAGGGCGAGUCUGUGACCCUGGAGUGCCAGAUCAGCGGUCAGCCCACCCCCAUCAUUAUGUGGUUCAGAGAGGACUACAAGAUUGAGAGCUCCAUUGAUUUCCAGAUCACCUACGAGAAUGGAUUCGCCAGACUGGUGAUCCGUGAGGCAUUCGCUGAAGACAGCGGCCGCUUCACCUGCACUGCUACCAAUGAGGCGGGAACUGUCAGCACGUCCUGUUACCUGCUUGUCCAGGUGUCUGAAGACAUCGAGAGCAGAGAGGAGAUUGCUGUUGUUACAGAACAUGUUGAAACUGCUCAAUUAAGAGAAACCAGAGAGGAGACCCAGGUGAGCGUGGUGGAGUCAGAGACUGCUGCUGCUGCUCCCUUCUUUAUCAAGAAACCAACCAUCCAGAAGCUAGUGGAGGGUGGAAGUGUUGUGUUUGAAUGUCAGAUUGGGGGAAGCCCCAAACCACACAUCAUCUGGAAGAAGAGUGGUGUUCCACUCACUACCGGAUACAGAUACAAAGUUGCCUACAAGAAGGAGACUGGAGAGUGCCAUUUAGAGAUCUCCAUGACCUUUGCUGAUGACGCUGGAGAAUAUGCCGUGUUUGCCAAGAAUAAGCUCGGAGAAGUCUCUGCCUCCGCCAGUCUGCUUGACGAAGAGGAAUAUGAAGCCUACAUGAAGAAACAGGAAGCAAUGUUUAAGACUGAAGUGACAUCCAUUGUGCAAGAGCCCAAGGUGGGAGAUAUUCCCCCUGUCACUGUCACAACAAUGGAGAAGAUAACCACCACCAUUAUCUCUGGACAGGAAUUCCAUCUGUCUGUCAUCGAGCAGAGGAUCAUCCAGGAGAUUGAGUUAAUUAUUAUGAAAAUCAGCUACAGAGAGAUUGUGACAGAGGAUGGAGAGUUGAUGGUGACUGCCACUGAGACUGAGGCAGUACAGCCAGCCUUUGACACUCCAGUGAAAAGUUACAGGAUCAUGGAGGGGAUGAGCGUUACUUUCCACUGCAAGAUGUCUGGAAUGCCGCUCCCCAAGAUUGCAUGGUUCAAAGAUGGCCAGCGUAUUAGGGCUGGAGACCAUUACCAAAUAGAGGUUCUUCAGGAUGGACGGGCCAGCCUUCGCCUGCCUGUAGUGACACCAGAAGAUGAAGGCGUGUACACCGCAUUUGCCACCAACAUGAAGGGUAAUGCUGUCAGUUCUGGGAAGCUCUAUGUGGAGCCAUGUGAAACAGUAACACCUCAGCAAUUCACACCACAGCCAGCAGUGCAGAGGAUCAGGUCCACAUCUCCUCGCUCUCUGAGCCGCUCACCUGGACGCUCUCCCAGUCGUUCACCUGGACGUUCUCCUGCUCGCCGGCUAGAUGAGACUGAUGAGGCUCAGCUCGAAAGACUCUACAAGCCUGUUUUUGUCAUGAAGCCUUCAUCAUAUAAAUGUUCUGAGGGACAAACUGCCAGAUUUGACCUGAAGGUUGUGGGCAGACCAAUGCCUGAGACGUACUGGUUCCAUAAUGGACAACAAAUAGUUAGUGACCACACCCACAAGAUCGUGGUGAAAGAGGAUGGCACUCAGUCCCUGAUCAUUGUCCCAGCUUUGCCACAAGACUCCGGGGAGUGGACUGUGGUGGCUCAGAACAGAGCUGGACGGACAUCCAUCUCCGUCACUCUCGCUGUUGAUGCCAAGGAAACCCUGGUGCGUCCACAGUUCACUGAGAAACUGAGGAACAUCAGUGUGAAGCAGGGCACUUUGGUUGAAUUGGCUGUCAAAGCCAUUGGAAACCCACUGCCUGAUAUUGUCUGGCUGAAAAACAGCGACAUCAUCACCCCACACAAGCACCCAAGCAUCAAGAUUGAAGGAACUAGAGGAGAGGCUAAAUUCCAGAUCCCAUCAGCAGCUGGCUCAGACAGUGCUUGGUACACUGCUACAGCCAUCAAUAAGGCUGGCAGAGAUACUACUCGCUGCAGAGUCAAUGUUGAGGUGGAAUAUGCUGAGCCUGAACCAGAGAGGAAACUCAUCAUUCCUAAAGGAACAUACAAAGCCAAAGAGAUCGCUCCUCCAGAGGUGGAGCCGCUUCAUCUGCGAUAUGGUCAAGAGCAGUGGGAGGAAGGCGACCUUUAUGACAAAGAGAAGCAGCAAAAACCACAGUUCAAAAAGAAGCUGACAUCUGUCCGCAUGAAGCGCUUCGGUCCAGCUCAUUUUGAGUGCAGACUGACUCCUAUCGGUGACCCCACAAUGGUGGUGGAGUGGCUGCAUGACGGCAAACCUCUGGCUGCUGCUAACAGAUUGCGCAUGGUGAAUGAAUUUGGUUACUGCAGCCUAGACUAUGAAGCCGCUUAUGCUAGAGACAGCGGCGUCAUUACCUGCAGAGCGACCAACAAGUACGGAGUUGACCAAACCUCAGCCACCCUGAUUGUCAAGGAUGAGAAGGGCCUUGUUGAGGAAACACAACUUCCUGAAGGAAGGAAAGGUGCCCACCGGAUCGAUGAGAUAGAGCGUUUGGCUCAUGAAGGUGGACCUUAUGGAGUCACUGCUGAAGAAGAAACAGAGAAGCUGAAGCCUGAGAUUGUCCUUCUUCCAGAACCAAUCAGAGUUUUAGAGGGUGAAACGGCUCGAUUCCGCUGCAGAGUGACUGGAUAUCCAGCACCAAAAGUUAACUGGUACCUCAAUGGACAACUUAUCCGCAAAAGCAAGAGAUACAGACUUCGCUAUGAUGGCAUUUACUACUUGGAGAUAACUGACAUCAAAUCAUAUGAUUCGGGGGAGGUCAAAGUCGUAGCAGAUAACAAUCUGGGCUCCGUUGAGCACAUUGUAAAACUGGAGAUUCAGCAGAAGGAGGACUUCAGAACUCAUCUACGCCGCGCCCCUGAGGCUAAGCCAGCUGAGGCUGCACCUGAACCUGGAAAAGUACCAUUUGAGGUAGUUAAAGCUGAAAAGCCGACAGAGGACACUCAGCUGAAAGAGGUUGUUAAACUCAAGAAGGCCCAGAGAAUUGUCCAUGAGAAAGCCAGUGAGGAGUCAGAGGAGCUGAGGAGUAAGUUCAAGCGCAGGACAGAGGAAGGCUAUUACGAGUCCAUUACCGCAGUGGAGCUCAAGUCUCGCAAGAGAGAUGACUCCUAUGAGGACCUGCUGAGGAAGACAAAGGAGGAACUGCUUCAUCGUGCCAAGGAGAAGGAGGAGGCUGAGAAGAAGAAGGAGGAAGAGCGUCGCCAAGUUACUGCCAAGCCUCUAAAACCAGAGAGGGUCAAGCUCUCACCCAGCAUGGAAGCACCAAAAAUCCUUGAGCGUAUUACCAGCCAGACAGUCGCACAGGGUGACGAAGUCAAGUUUAGAGUCAGAGUUGUCGGCAGACCAGAACCUGAGUGUCAGUGGUUCAAGAAUGGAGUUCAGCUGGAGAAGUCUGACCGUGUUUACUGGUACUGGCCUGAGGACCAUGUUUGUGAACUGGUGAUCAGGGAUGUCACAGCAGAGGAUUCUGCCAGUGUCAUGGUUAAAGCUUCCAAUACUGCUGGAGAGACUUCAAGCCACGCCUUCCUGUUGGUGCAAGCAAAACAAGUCAUUAACUUCACUCAGAAGUUGGAGGACGUCAGUGCCAAGGAGAAGGAUACCGUAGCUACCUUUGAGUGUGAAACCAAUGAACCUUUUGUGAAGGUCAAAUGGCUGAAGAAUAAUGUGGAGAUCUUCUCUGGAGACAAAUACAGAAUGCACUCUGACAGAAAGGUUCACUUCCUGUCUGUGCUGAUGAUCGAAGUGAGAGAUGAUGCUGAAUAUACAUGCGUGGUUGUAGAUGAUGAUACUGUCAGGACAGCCGCCAAGCUUAAUGUUGAAGGAGCUCCUCUGGAGAUGUUAAAGCAGCUGGAGAGCACCGAGGUGCCUGAGACUUACUCCGGAGAGUUUGAAUGUAUUGUCUCUCGUGAAGAUGCCGAAGGCAGCUGGUACUUUGGAGAUAAUCUGCUGACUCCCGGCAGUAAAUACGUCAUCUCCUCCCGCCGUGGAAGACACACUCUCUCUGUGAAAGAUGUCAAGAAGGAAGACCAGGGAGAAUAUACCUUCAAAGUGGGCGAGUUUAAGACAAGUGCCUCUCUGAAGAUGAAAUUGCGUCCAGUGACCUUGAUGCAGCCUUUGUCUGACAUGACCAUCUGCGAGGGUGACAUCGCUCAGCUUGAGGUCAAGUUCUCCCAGGAGAAUGUUGAAGGAACCUGGAUGAAGAAGGGGCAGCCCAUCACAGCCUCCAGCCGUGUGCAUAUAGUUAUUGACAAACAAAUUCAUAAACUCCUUAUAGAAGAUACAACCAAGGACGACUUUGGAAUGUAUUCCUUCGAGGUUCCGGAUCAUGGGAUUUCAACCUCUGCAAAGCUGGUCAUUCAGACUAUUGGCAUCCUGAUCCCACUGAAGGACAGUCAUGCAAUUGAGGGCACAAAGGCCGUCCUAGAGGCAAAGAUCUCUGCUCAGGACAUCAGCUCAGUCAAAUGGUACCACAAUGACAACCUGCUGACAGCCAGUGAGCGAAUCCAGAUGGUGGCAAAGGGAGCCAAGCAGCGCCUGGUUUUCACCAGAACAUACGCCUCAGAUGAAGGACACUACAAACUGGUGGUUGGCCGAGCUGACACCAGCUGCAGAUUUACUGUUGAGCCUGUCCAGAUUGUGACACCAAUGAAAGACAAACAGUGCUCCGAGUCUGAAAAUGUCACCUUCGAGGUCGAGGUCUCUCACCCAGGCAUUGAUGCUUUCUGGACCUUUAAGAGGCAGCCGAUUAAAGCUGGUCCCCAGUACAAGAUGGAGUCCAAAGACAAGAGGCAUAGGCUCACAGUCAUGAAUGCAAUGAAGGAUGAAGAGGGCGAGUACAUGUUUGCUGCUGGUGAGAAGAUGUGCAGUGCUUCACUCACCGUAACAGGUGGUGCCAUUAAGAAGCCCCUACAUGAUUUGGUGGUAGCUGACUCCCAGACCGCUGUGCUGCAGUGUGAAGUUGCUAACCCAUCCGCAGAGGGCAAGUGGCUAAAAGACGCUCAGCCUGUUGACUUCAACGAGAACGUGCUGAGCGAGGUGGACGGCGCUGUCAGGCGCCUCGUUAUCAUCAUCACUAAGGCCACUGACAUUGGAGAGUACACUUACCAGGUCGCCACCUCCAAGACCUCAGCCAAUCUGAAAGUCGAGGCUGUCAAAGUCAAGAAGACCCUGAAGAACCUGAAUGUAGUCCAGACUCAAGAAGCCACGUUCAGCCUUGAACUGACCCAUGAGGAUGUAAGGGGAGCACAGUGGAUCAAGAAUGGCGUUGAGAUCCAGUCCAGUGAUAAAUAUGAAAUCAGUAUUGAAGGCACAAUUCACACAUUGAAGGUCAAGAACUGCAGCACACAGGAUGAGUCUGUUUACUCCUUCAAACUGGGAAAACUGUCUGCAAGUGCCAGACUCAAUGUGGAAACUAUUAAGAUCCUGAAGAAGCCAAAGGAUGUGACAGCACUGUCAGGAGCAACAAUUGUAUUUGAAGUUGGCAUCUCAGAGGAUGACAUCCCAGUGAAAUGGAUGUUCAAUGGCAAAGAGCUGGUGUCUGACGAGUGCUACAGCAUCGUCUCUGAGAAGAAGAACCACAAGUUGAUUGUCCACGACGUGGACGACAGCGUGCAGGGCAACUACAUUGCUGUUGUAGGACACCUGCAGUGCAGCGCUCACCUCAUUGUUGAGUCACUACGUGUCACAAGGCCCAUGAAAAGCGUGGAGGUCGCAGAGACUCAGGUGGCCACAUUUGAAUGUGAAGUUUCUCACUUCAAUGUCCCGUCCACCUGGCUGAGGGAUGGUGUGGAGAUUGAGAUGAGUGAGAAGUUCAGGAUUGUGGUUCAAGGAAAACUCCACCAGCUGAAGAUCAUGAACACCAGCACUGAAGACUCUGCAGAAUACACCUUUGUCUGUGGGAACGACCACGUCUCUGCAACGCUAACUGUUAACCCUAUUCUGAUCACGACGAUGCUUGAAGACCUGAACGCUCAGGAGAAGGACACGGUCACAUUUGAGGUGAAUGUGAACUACGAGGGAAUAACGUACAAGUGGCUGAAGAACGGCGUGGAGAUCCGCUCUACGGACCGCUGCCAGGCUCGCUGCAAACAGCUCACUCACUCUCUGAGCAUCAGGAAUGUUCACUUUGGAGACAGUGCCGAGUACACCUUCAUGGCUGGCUCUGCAGUCACUUCAGCUAAACUUCACGUUGAGGCCCGUGUGGUUGAAUUCACCAAACACCUGCGGGACCUGAAGAUCACAGAGAAGAAGAGGGCAACAUUUGAAUGUGAAGUUUCUGAACCAAACAUCCAGGUGAUGUGGAUGAAAGAUGGUCAGGAGCUGGAGCUAUCUGACAGGUACAAAAUGACAUCGGACCAGUUUGUGCACCGUCUGGUUCUGCCCUCUGUGCGUCUGUCGGACGCCGGUGAAUACACCGCUGUGGCCGGUUCAAGCAUGUCCAAGGGCCACCUGGCAGUCGAGGGAAGAGAUGUCAGAAUCUCAGAGCCAGCCACCAGGGACAUCGUGGUUGUUGAGAAGCAGAGAGCCACUUUUGAAUUUGAGGUGAACGAGGAUGAUGUAGAAGGUCGCUGGCUGAGAAAUGGAGUGGAGCUCCAGUUCACUGUGGAGGAGAGGUUCAAUUAUGCCACCAUCAGGAAGCUCCACCGUCUCACCAUCUCUGAGACCUUCAGGAGCGAUGCUGGAGAGUACACCUUCUUAGCCGGCAAAAACAGGACCUCUGUGAACCUCCACGUCAGAUUGCCAGAGCCACCUCAGAUCGUCCGGGAGAUGCAGCCCCAGACCGCGAUCUCAGGCAGGUCAGUUCGCUUCUCAGCACAGGUGAGCGGCCUUCCUCAGCCUCAAGUGUUCUGGUACAAAGAUUCUGAGGUUCUGUCCACGAGCUACAAGUGCAAGUUCCUCCAUGAUGAAGAUGAGCAUACGCUGCUGCUGCUUGAAGUCUUCCCUGAAGAUGCAGGCAUCUAUAGCUGUGAGGCCAAAAACAACUAUGGAGAGGUGACGAGCUCUGCAUCUCUCACUGUGGAAGUUCCGGAGGUGGUUGAAGCCGUGGCUCAGGUUUCCCCUCCAGUCCUCAUCACUCCCACGAGGGACUUGCUGAUCUCAGAAGGACAUCCUGCCCAGUUCCAGUGCAGCAUCUCUGGGGAAGAUCUGCAGAUUUCUUGGUUCUACAAUGAUAGAGAGAUCAAACAGUCAGACAUCUUCAGGAUGUCUCAUUAUGAUGAUACCUGCCAGCUGGAGAUUUCCCGAGUUCUCCCCAGCCUUGAAGGAGAGUACUCGUGUGUUGCUACAAAUUCAGCAGGAAUGGUCACAUGUGCUGCCACUCUGAAUAUUGAUGUAACUACAGAGGAGAAGGAACCUGUGAUUCAGGUCCAGGAGGAAAUAAAAGUGAAGCCUGUGUUCAGGCACAAAAUUGUCCCAGUGGAGAUGAACAUUGGCAGCUCUGCCAAGUUUGAAUGUGAAACUGAGGACGCUCCAAACGUGAGCUUCAAGUGGUUCAAAGAUGGACACCCCAUCAAAGAGGGUGAAAAGUACAGGAUUAUUAGUCGCUUCAGCUCUUCCUCCCUUGAGCUUCUGAGGACAACCAAGGAUGACAGUGGUGAAUACACGUGCAAGGCGUCCAAUCAGCACGGCAGUGAUGAAUGCUCCGCCUCCCUCAGUGUCACAGAACAAUUUCCUCCUGUCUUUAUAAGUAAGCCUGACGCUCAGACUGUGUAUGUUGGAAAGAGGGCUGUAAUACAGUGUGUAAUAGCAGGAACUGCUCCUCUGAAUGUUGUCUGGCUCAAAGACAACCAGGCCUUACCCAAAGUGCCCGCACACUACCGGAGCUCUUGUGAAAAGAAUAAGCACACUCUUGAAAUAACCGGUGUUAAGGCAGCUGACAGCGGGCUUUAUGUGUGCAAGGUAUCUAAUAAUGUUGGGACAGCUGAGUGCCACACAGAGCUGUGUGUUAUCGAUAAACCCAACUUUGUAAGGCCCCUGGGUUCAGUCGCCGCUGUGGUCGGAGCUCCUCUGCACCUUGAGUGUCAGGUGGAUGAGGACACUGGAGUAACUGUCACCUGGACCAGAGAUGGCAGAAAAGUCCACCAGUCUCCCGACUGUAAACUGUUGUUUGAGGAUAAGACAGUUACUCUUGAUAUCCUAAAGACCACACUGAAAGAUUGUGGAAACUAUGUGUGUACAGUGGCAAACGAAGCCGGCAGUGCAUCUUGCUCCACCACGGUGAAGGUACAAGAGCCACCGGUCUUUGUAAAGCGGCUGGAAGCCACAACGAUUUGGAAGCAGGGCAGCACCGCUCGGCUGCAGUGCACCGUCAAAGGAUCUCCCGAACUCCACACUACCUGGUUCUUGAAUAACAGCGAGCUGUCCACUAGUGGCAGACAUGCUGUUGGUCUGAAGGACGGUGUCGCCACUCUCGAGAUACACAAUGUCAUGUUGACUGACAGUGGAAACUAUACCUGUGAGGUUCUCAAUGAGUGCGGGUGUGAAAGCUGCAGCAUUAAAGUAACAGUGAAAGAACCUCCGUCGUUCAGAAAGGAGUUACUGUCCACUGAGGCAGUCAGAGGAUCGGUAGCUGUACUGGAGUGUGAGAUUGCAGGCUCUGCACCGCUUGAAGUGUCUUGGAAAAAGAAUAAGAAACGCCUGUCCUCAGAUAAGAAGUACAGAAUAGUGUCACAGGGAUCACUGGCCUCUCUGGAGAUCCAGUCCUUUGAGAGCGCUGAUACUGGUGAAUACGAAUGUGUUGUAUCCAAUGAGGUUGGGUCAGUAACCUCAAAGUCAGUGCUUAAACAAAAAGAGCCACCUGUGUUCUCAAAGAGGAUUGAGAGCGCUACAGCAGUUUUGGGAAAUACAGUGAAAUUACAGGGAACCCUGAAAGGUUCAGCUCCCAUCACCAUUAAAUGGAUGAAAGACUCUGAGCUCCUCAGAGAUGAUGAUCCCAAUAUCAAAAUGUCCUUUGUGAACAACAUCACUAGUAUUUCAUUCUCAUCUGUUGAGCUAAAUCAUGGUGGAAAGUAUACCUGUCUUGCUGAAAAUGAGGCAGGACAGCAAAGAUGUGAAGCUAUCUUAACUAUUCAAGAACCUGCUCGGAUUUUAGAGAAAGCAGCCUCCAUUAGCGUGACUGCAGGCGACUCUGCCACGCUGGAGUGCACCGUUUCUGGAAGCCCUGAACUCAAAGUGAAAUGGUUCAAAGAUGGCAAGGAGAUGAUCAGUGGUCGUAAAUAUAAAAUAGCAGUGAAGGAGAACACUGCCAUUUUAAAGAUUCUCACAGCAGAUAAAGGUGACACUUCAGAGUACAAGAUGGAAGUGUCCAAUAAAGUUGGAAAAGAGGAGUGCACGUGCUCGGUUACGGUUAUAGAUCGUGCAGUUCCCCCAUCCUUCACCAAAACUCUAAAGAAAGUGAAUGGGAGCAUUGGCAGUAAUAUCACAUUGGAUUGCAGGCUUGCUGGAUCUCAGCCGAUGGCUGUGUCUUGGUACAAAGACAAUAAAGAAAUCCACAGCGAUGCAAAAUAUAAGCUUGAUUUCAGUGAGAGUACAGCCUCUGUGACAAUAACUGGCCUGGAUCAAAGCGAUGGUGGAGUUUAUACAUGCAAAGCUUCUAAUGAUGCUGGAGAAAAAGAAACCAGUGGUACUCUUUCCAUCAAAGAACCCCCAGCCUUUACCUCGAAACCUGAAUCUCUUGAUGCAUCCCCGGGAUCAAAUGUUGUCUUAAGAUCUGACUUUACGGGAUCUGCUCCACUUAUCGUUAAAUGGUUCAGAGAGGAGAAAGAGAUUUUCACUGGGGGAAAGUAUUUCAUAAAGAAAGACUCCUCUUCCAGCUCCCUGGAACUUCAUUCUGUGAAACCCAGUGACUCUGCCAAAUAUACAUGCCAAGUAUCCAACGACGCUGGGAAGGUUGACUGUACUGCAGCGCUCUUCAUAAAAGAAGCCCCAACAUUUAUGAUGAAGCUUGAACCUUCAAAGCUGCUGAAAACAGGACAACCUCUGAAGUUGUCCUGCAAAGUGCAGGGCACUCCUGUUAUUACUGUUACAUGGUUUAAAAAUGGCUCAGAAAUGGUUUCAGACCACAGACACAACAUGUCCUUCGAUGGCUCGUUAGCCACUCUGGAGGUUGAGAGCUGCUCUGUAGAGGAUAGUGCAGAUUACGUCUGUGUGGCAUCCAGCGAGGCCGGCAGAGAGCAGUGCAGCAGCUCAGUAACAGUGAAAGAGCCUCCAUUGUUUGUGAGGCCUUUUGAAUCCGCUGAGCUUGUUACGGAGUCUGAGAUUAUCUUGGAAGCAAUCGUUUCAGGUUCCCCUCCAUUUGAAAUAAGCUGCUUCCUCAACGAUAAGCUGAUCAGAAAUGACAAAAGACAUAAAAUCAGUGUGGAAAAUGAUACAAUCACUCUUCAGAUCUCACACUGUGAGACCGGAGAUGAAGGAACAUACAAGUGCACUGUUUCAAACGAUGUUGGGGAGACAUCUUGCUCUUGCCAGAUUGCUCUAAAAGAACCACCAUCAUUUGUUCAAAGACUAAAGGAUAUGUCCUGUAUUGUGGGCUCUGAAAUCUCUAUGAAGUGUAUGUUGUCUGGGUCACUUCCCAUGACUUUGUCCUGGAUCAAGGAUGAUCGUGAACUUACGGAAGACGAGCAUUUUAAGAUGUCCUAUGAAACCAAAAGUGCCAUGUUGAAUUUGAAAAAUGCUCAGUUGUCACAUGGCGGGAAAUAUGUCUGUCAGGUGCAGAAUAAAGUCGGGACUCAGAGAUGUGCCGCAGUGCUCAUAGUGACAGAACCACCUCAGUUUGUCCUGAAACUGCCUCCCUCUACAUUUGUUAAACAGUACGAGGGACACUGCUUUGAAUGCAAGGUCACCAGUGUACAGUCCCUGAGAAUAUGUUGGUACAAAAAUGACCAACAGAUAACUGAUGGAGGGAACUAUAACACAGUGUGUGUUGACUCAAAUGCAUACCUCCAGAUCUCCAAUGCAACGUUUGACGAUAACGGAGUUUACACUUGUGAGGCUCAUAAUGAUGCUGGCAGUGCAAGCUGCAGCAGCGUUCUCACAGUUCAAGAGUCCCCAUCCUUUGUUAAAACUCCAAGCCCUGUGGAGGGCAUAAAAGGCAAAGAUGCUAGUCUGCAUUGUGAGAUGUCUGGCACCCCACCUUUCCAGGUUAACUGGUACAAAGACAACAGGCCACUAAAGGAGGAUAGAAAAUGUAAGAUGGUCAAUGUGGGCAGCUUUGCUACACUUCAUAUUAUGAAGCUGGAGCAAGAUGACGCCGGGCUUUAUGAGUGCAGGGUGUCAAACAAUGUAGGAAGUAAAUCGUGCCAAACUACCAUUACUCUGAAAGAACCACCAGUGUUUGUGGAGAAACUGGUCGAUCAGUCAGUGAGACUCGGUCAGCAGCUGACGCUGACAGCUACAGUGAACGGCUCAGAGCCACUGACUGUGUCUUGGGUUCAGGACAAAGAACAUAUUCUCAGAGAGGAUGACAACAGGAGGAUCACCUUUGAAAACAAUGUGGUUGGUCUUGUAGUGCCCAAGGCUGACUCAACCACAGCUGGUAAAUACACCUGCCAGCUAAGGAACGACUGUGGAGCGGUAGAGUCGGUCUCCCAAGUGACGGUUCUAGAACCUGCUGCUAUUGUGGAAAGCCCGGAGCUGCUGAAUGUGAAGUCAGGAGAAACUGUAUCUCUUGAUGUAACAGUAUCUGGCUCACCAGAACUGAAAACUACAUGGUUCAAGGACAACAAAGAACUCUCUGCUAAUGCAAAGUAUCAUCUGAGCUUCAAAAAGCAGCUUGCCACCCUGAAGAUUUUGUCUGCUGACAGAGCAGAUGGCGGAGAAUACAAACUACAGGUUACAAACCACGUUGGAACAUCCUCUUGCAAAAUUAAGCUCACAGUCUCAGAUAAGUUGAUUCCACCGAGUGUCAUAAAGAAGCUGAGAGAUACCCACCUUGUUGUGGGUAAGCCUGGUGAGAUAGAGUGUAAGAUGACCGGUUCUGCUCCUUUAACAACUUCCUGGUUCCAUAAUGGCCAAGAGAUAAACUGUGGGCCAAACUAUGACAUUAGCAGUGUGGAUAAUGUGUGCACACUGAGAAUUCCAAUGAUUAAGACAUCAGAUUCUGGCAAAUACACAUGUAAAGCUGUGAACGCUGCAGGAGCCAGUGAGACAAGUGCUUCAAUGAAUGUGACAGAACCUCCAUCUUUUUCUGAAACGCCUGAGGCUCUAGAAACGUUGCCUGGCCAAAGUGUGUCUUUCUUGGCUAAAGUGAAAGGCAGCAUUCCCAUAAAGGUCAAAUGGUUCAGGGGAGCCAAGGAAAUGCAGCACGGGAGAGGCUGCGAGAUCUCUCUGAAGGAUGACGUCGCCACACUGGUGCUUCAUAAAGUUGAAAAGUCUCAUGCAGGAGAGUACACCUGCCAGAUCACUAAUGAUGCAGGAAAGGACAGCUGCUCAGUUUUUCUGUUUGUGAAAGAGCCAGUCCACUUUGUGAAGAGGCUGAGGGACAUUUCCAUUGAAAAGAGCAAGCCUCUGAGGCUCGAGGUCACAUAUGCUGGAACCCCAACUGUAAAUGUAACCUGGAAAAAGGAUGGUAAACUCAUCCAAGCCUCUUAUCUGUACAAUGUGAUCACCACUGACACCUCUUGCAUCCUGGAGGUUCUUAACUCUGAAAGGAUGGAGGCAGCUGGUAGAUACUAUUGUGAAGUAGACAAUGGAGCCGGAAGUGACAAAUGUGAAGCGCAAGUUACAAUCCUAGAACCACCAUACUUUGUUGACAAGCUGGAACCACUGGAGGUAACUAUGGGUGAUGCGGUGACCUUAGAGUGCAGGAUUGCAGGAACUCCUGUGAUCUCUGUAGCCUGGUUUAAAGAUGAUGGAAAGCUGCGCAAGUCCAACAGUUGCUCAGUGGACUUUGCAGAUGGCGUUGCCACUUUGAAACUGUUCAAAUCUACCAAGUCUGAUCGCGGUGAAUAUAUCUGCAAGGCCGAGAACCGGGUUGGUUCAGCCUCCACCAGCUGUAGCGUGACUGUGAAAGAGCGCAAAGUUCCUCCAAACUUCACCAAGAAGCCUUCUGAGUCCAUGGUGGAUUCAGUGGGUAAGACUGUAAAGAUCGAGGGCCGAGUGUCCGGCUCUCAACCUCUGACCAUCUCCUGGUACAAGGACGACAGUGAGAUCCACGCCUCGGACAAAUAUGAUAUCAGCUUCAAAAACAACAUGGCCGUGCUGUGUGUCAGAGACUCCACGGGCUCUGAUGGUGGUGUUUACACCUGUGAGGCCUCCAAUGAAGCUGGCAAAGCUUCUUGUAAGGUUUCUCUCACAGUAACAGAAACUGGCCAGGCUCCCAAAUUUGAUGUUCCUCUGGAGCCAGUGACUGUGGGUGAAGGGGAGAAGCUGAGCCUCCAAUGCCAUGUCACCGGCUCUACUCCAAUAACCAUCCAGUGGAUGAAGGACAGGAGGGAGCUUGUGUCCAGCGGAAACACCAAAAUCACAUUUGUUAGUGGAACGGCCAAUCUGGAGAUCAGCCAGGUGUCAAAGACGGAUGCUGGAGAUUAUCUGUGCAAGGCCAGCAAUGCAAAUGGCACUGACUUCUGCAAGUCUAAAGUCACUGUAAAAGAUAAAGGUGCUAAGGCCACACCCGCUGAGGCUGCUGCCCCGGCUGUAGCCGCCCCGGUCAAAAGGCUCGACAAUCUGUUCUUCAUCGAGGAACCCCAAAAUGUUUCUGUCACAGAGAAGGGUACUGCAACCUUUAUUGCCAAGAUUGGAGGUGACCCAAUCCCCAGUGUGAAGUGGAUGAAGGGCAAAUGGAGACAGAUCACCCCCGGUGGUCGAAUCUCCAUUGAGCACAAGGGCCAGGACGCCAAACUGCAGAUCAGAGAAGUGACCAAGUCUGAUUCUGGUCAUUACAGAUGUGUUGCCACCAACAAACAUGGAGAAAUUGAGAGUGGCGCUGAUAUGGAGGUGACCAAAAAGGAGGAAGUGGGAGAAGUGGGAGACUUAAGAACGAGGCUCAAGAAGACUCCUUCCAAGCAGAAGAGUCCCAAGAAGGACGAAGAGGUCAACAUUGUAGAGUUGCUUAGAGGUCACGACCCCAAAGACUAUGAGAGGAUCCUGCGGGAACAUGGAAUCCAUGACUACCGUGCCAUCCUGCAGGCCGUGGAGUUCCUGAAGAAGGAGAAGGAGAUGGAGACUGGAAGAGCGGAGGUCGAGCGUGGGGCUCGAGUUGAAGAAGAGGACAUGGCCCGACUCAUCGAGCAGCUAGAGGGACGCGUCAGCAUGGAGCCUGUCUCUGUGAUGGAGGACAUCACUGACCAAACCAUCACGGAGAACCAGAGCGCCACUUUUGAGUGCCAGAUUAAGAUCAACUACCCAGAGAUCACGCUCACCUGGUACAAAGGCACCCAGAAACUGGACAACAGCGAAAAGUACAACAUCAGCAGCGUGGGGGACCGCCAUUAUCUGAAAAUCAAGAAUUGCCAGGUCAAAGAUCAGGGCAACUACCGCGUGGUGUGCGGUCCUCACAUCUCCAACGCCAAACUGACGGUCACAGGAGCUGCUCGUAAGACAGUCGAUCAAAUUCAGUUCACUAAAAGCAUCCGAAGCAUCGAGGUCAACGAACGCCACUCUGCCACCUUCGAGUGCGAGUUGUCCUUCGACAACGCUACCGUCACAUGGUACAAAGACUCGUGGGAACUUAAAGAAAGCCCAAAAUAUAACUUCAGGACUGAAGGCCGACGGCACUUUAUGACAAUCCACAACGUAACUGCAGAGGACGAAGGCGUGUACUCGGUGAUUGCUCGCCUGGAGCCACUGGGAGAAGCUCGAAGCACAGCCGAGCUUUACCUGUCAGGCAAAGAAAUUGAGUUAGGGAGGGUUCCUCAGGAUGUCCCCGACACAGCCGUUCAUGUGUCAGAGGCAGCGUCUAUGCUCGUGUGCAGAGGUGAGUCUGGGACCGUUCAAACUGAUCACAAUUUCAGUAACUCUGCUCGUUUCUGUCAUUUACACAAUUGUUUUCUGCCACAAGAUUCCUCCGAGUUUUAUCACUUUGAGGAGAGAACAGAAGUGAAAGUGUUUCAAAGUCUGACACAUGAAGAAGAGAUGCUUUCAGUUCAGUAUUCGUCCGUCUCAGAAGAGAAAAAACCUGUUGAAGAAACUGUUGAGUGGACUGAGGUCGAGGGCAGAGGAGAAAUCCCUGAAGUUCCUGAGAUUUACAGGAUGCCAGAGGAGAAACCCUCUGAGCCAGAAGCUCCGCCUCCACCUCCGGUCAAAGUACCUGAAGCAAAGAAGCUACAGCCUGAAGCCCCUGCUCCACCUCACAGAGAGGAACAUCCAGCUCCACAAGAACCAGUACUCUUCAGCCAACCUGAACCUUACCGACCCAAACCAGCAACACCAAAACUGGUUCAUUCAGAACCUAAAGUGGAACCCGUGAAACCAGUGGUACCUAAGCCUGAAGUGGAACCCGUGAAACCAGUGGUACCUAAGCCUGAAGUGGAACCCGUGAAACCAGUGGUACCUAAGCCUGAAGUGGCUCAAAUUAAGCCUGAGCUCCAAGAACCAAAAGCUGUCCCCACUAAGAAAACACCAGAGGCCCCAAAACCAAUAGUACCAAAACCACCAAAGUCAGAAGAACCUGUACUUCAACCAAGUGCAGUCCUUGCUUUUCCAUCAUUGGAACGUCUUCCAACUGAAGAAACAUCAAGACCAGAAGAACCUGUACCUCAACCAUCUGCACCCAAAGUUACUCCACAAAAAGUUGAAGAUGUCCCAGUUAAAGUUGCUUUAGAACCAAGGAUACACGAACCUCCAAGAAAACCAUAUCUGCUGGCUGAUAAACCUCAGCAGGAAGUAACUGAACCAAGGGACCUGGAAGCUCCAGAAAAAAUCAAGGCUCCUGAGGAACCAAAGAAGGUUCCUGAAGCACCAAAGGUUCCUGAAGCAGCAAAGAAGGCUACCGAGGAACCAAAGAAGCUUCCUGAAGAUCCAAAGAAGCUUCCUGAAGAUCCAAAGAAGCUUCCUGAAGAACCAAAGAAGGUUCCUGAGGAACCAAAGAAGCUUCCUGAAGAACCAAAGAAGCUUCCUGAGGAACCAAAGAAGCUUCCUGAGGAACCAAAGAAGCUUCCUGAAGAACCAAAGAAGCUUCCUGAAGAACCAAAGAAGGCUCCUGAAGCAGCAAAGGAGGCUACCGAGGAACCAAAGAAGCUUCCUGAAGAACCAAAGAAGGCUCCUGAAGCAGCAAAGAAGGCUACCGAGGAACCAAAGAAGCUUCCUGAAGAACCAAAGAAGGCUCCUGAAGCAGCAAAGGAGGCUACCGAGGAACCAAAGAAGCUUCCUGAGGAACCAAAGAAGCUUCCUGAAGAACCAAAGAAGCUUCCUGAAGCACCAAAGAAGGUUCCUGAAGCACCUAAAAAGCCUCCCAAGGAACCAAAGAAGCUUCCUGAAGAACCAGUUCCAGAAACACUCAAGAAAGUUCCAGAAGUAGCAAAAACGGCUGUGGUAGAACCACAGAAAGUUCCAACAGCACAGGUUAUAGAACGAUCAGCAGAGCCAGUGAAAGAUCUAGAAGUGUCAGCAGAACCACAACAUUUGGAAACACCAAAACAACAACUGCAGGCCAAAAAGUCUGAAGUCAUCAAAACAGUCAAACAAAGGGGGAUACCAACAGCUCUAGCUAAACCAAAGCUGGAGGCGAGUACACCAGUCAAAGAUGAGAUCGUUGCUUCUGGAAAAGUAGAAGACAAGCCAAAGGCCAUAGAAAUCCCUCAGCAGAGAGUUCCUCUGAAGACUCAGCUGAAGCCAACAGCUGAGGUUGAAGGCAGAAAGGCGUGUCCUGCAGAAAACAGUCUUGAAGAAAGGGUUUCCCUUACAGAAGCUGGCUACAGGAAACAGGAAGCCGACACAUAUGAAGAAGGAGUCAACAAGUCAACUGCAAGAGAAGAAACCAUUUUGAAAACUGAGAUAAUGGAACAAAUUGAAAAGACAAAGAAGGUGGUUUCUAUAUCAUACAGAGAAGAUCAUCAGGUAGAGAUUAUAGAGCAAUCAAAAACAGAUUAUGAGACUGAAAAACUGGAGUGGACUGGACCUUACAAACCUGAGAAAAUAAAAUCUGCUUCUCCAACUCUAAAGGGGUCUGCCCAUUCUCCUGCAGAACAAGAUGUCACACCUCCACCUGAAAUGUCUCAUCUUUUGCAGAAAAAGGUUUCUUCUCCUGAUGUUGAUGUUACAUCAGAAAAAGAGGCUUACAAGAAGAAAGAGCAGCCCAAAGAGGCUGACCUUCCUACUGCCUAUUUACAGACAAGAGUUACUGAAUCAUUACAUCAUGAAGAAAUUCAGGAAGACUCUGCAAUGGAGGAACUUAAGUCUAAAAAGGUCACCACAUCAAAGAAACCCAGAGCUCUUACAGAAGUAAUUUGUCUGAAGCAAGAUGGGUCUGUUGAAGGUAAAGCAGAUGUUCCCCAAAUCACUCUUUCUCACCCUGCAGCAGUUUCUCCUACAGUGGUAUCUUCAAGUCAAGACAUUGUGAAAACUCCUAAAACUUCCAUAACUGUAUGUGAUGAAGAUAUUCUACCUCUGGACAAGCUAAGUCUUGUAUCAGAAGAUGCAUCGAUUAAACAAAGUAGGGAUGGAUCACGUUUUGUUACAGCUCAAAUUCCUUCACCCAAGGAGAGACACUGUUCAGAGGAAGAAAUUUCCCCAGCAAAGAAGUCUGUUCUGCCAACCAAACACAGCUCCCCUACACUCUCUGAGGCGGUUUUUGGCCUAAUAGAAGAUCUGUCCCUUGAAGAAGACACUCCUGUCAAGAAACCUAUUCCUUCUGUGCCUGCUCCAAUAAAAACAUCUCAUGUUCAGCAAAUCUCUCCAUCUUUGAGAGUUUCUGAGGAAGCAAACAACAUUGCAACUAAAGCUACACCAACAAGAACAGAUGACAAGAAAGCAAAGAAGCCAACACAGAAGACUGACCAACAGAGUCUUGAUACAGUGCCUCCUCCUGAGGAGAAGAAACCAUCUCUACCAGUACCAAAGCCUUCACCUACUCCUCCUCCUGAGAAGGUGGCUCCCCCUGCUCCUGAACAGAAAGUAGCUCCCCCUGCAGUAUCUCCCCCAGAGGAGAAGAAACCAUCUGCACCAGCACCAAAGCCUUCACCUCCUGCUCCCCCUGCUCCUGAGCAGAAGGUGGCUCCCCCUGCAGUAUCUCCCCCAGAGGAGAAGAAACCAUCUGCACCAGCACCAAAGCCUUCACCUGCUCCCCCUGCUCCUGAACAGAAAGUUGCUCCUCCUGCAGAGGAAAAGAAACCAUCUGCUCCAGCACCAAAGCCUUCAGCUCCCGCUGCUCCUGCAGCCAAAGUUGCUCCUCCUGCAGUGUCUCCACCUGAGGAAAAGAAGGUACUUCCACCAACAACCAAGCCAACAGCAGAAAGAGUGGUUCUCCCCGCAGCUGAAGUUGCAUCGUUGGAGAAGGAAGCUCCUGCACCAGCCGUAAAGGCUGAACCAGCUCCUGUAUCAAAGGAAAUCUCGCCGCCUGAAGACAAGGAACCAGUGUCAGCACCUGGACCAACAAAAGAUGGAAAACCAACAGAAGAGCCAGCGAAAGGCCGAGGUCGAGGAUUUGGGGCGAGACAAACUCCAUCUCCUGGUGAUGGAGGCAGGGGCCGGGGUCUAAAGCCAGGUGGAAAAGGCCCAUCACCUCCAGAGGAACCAUUUGGAGGAUUCAAGCUCAAACCUGUCCAACUGAAGUUCAUUAAGAAGCUUAAGGACAUUGUGCUGCAGGAAGCUGAGUCCAUCGGCUCCUCUGCGGUGUUUGAGUGCGAGGUCUCGCCUUCCACGGCCAUCACUUCGUGGAUGAAAGAUGACAGCAACUUGCGUGAGAGCCCCAAGCACAAGUUUACAUCUGAUGGCAAAGAUCGCAAGUUGCACAUUAUUGAUGUGCAGCUAUCUGACACUGGAGAAUACACGUGUGUGGCUAAGAAUGCGGGCAAGGAAAUAACAUGCACAGCCAAGUUAAUUGUUGAAGAGCUGCCUGUGAAAUGGGUGAAGGAACUGGAACCAGAGACAACAUGCAUUAAGGGUCAGCCAAUGUACCUCACCUGUGAGCUGAACAAAGAACGGGACGUCAUUUGGAAACGUAAUGGUCAGGUUCUGAAAACAAAGGCCGGAAAAGUGGCCGUUAAUGUAAUUGGCAUGCAGCAUGCUGUGACCAUCCAGAACUCCACCGAUGAAGAUGGCGGCGCCUACACCUGUGAGGUAGAUGGACAGGAGGACGUCAAGACUACAACUAACGUCAAAGUUAUUGAAACCAUCAAAGACUGGCUGGUGAAGCCUCUGAGAGACCAGCAUGUGAAACCAAAGGCAAAGGCCACAUUCAAGUGUGAGCUUUUCAAGGACACGCCCAACUGGAAGUGGUUCAAAGGAGAAAACGAGCUUACUCCCUCUGACAAGGUCGAGAUCACUAAAGAUGGAAAGGACAUGACGCUCAGCAUAAAUAACUGCCAGCCUGAUGAUGUAGCAGACUACACCAUCCAGGUGGAGGAUCGCAGAUAUACAGCCAAACUGACACUUGGAGAGCGUGAGGCUGAGAUCCUGAAGCCACUCUCCAGUGUGGAGGUGAUUGAGAAAGAAGAGGCCAACUUUGACACUGAAAUAUCAGAGGACGAUGUGGCUGGUGAAUGGAAGCUGAAAGGCCAGGUGUUGACUAGAUCUCCGACUUGUGACAUUAAAGCUGAAGGCAAAAAACGUUUCCUCACACUGAAAAACGUGCAGCUGGAUCAGGCUGGUGAAGUGACAUACCAGGCUCUGAACGCCGUCACCAGCGCUAUGCUCACCGUCAAAGAGGGCGACCCCAUCUUUGUGGUGAAGCUACAGGAUUACUCAGCCACCGAGAAAGAAGAGGUGACCCUGGACUGUGAACUGAGCAAAGACGUUCCGGUGCUGUGGUACCACGAAGAGAAGGAAAUCAUCGCCUCCAAGAUGGUCAUCAUGAGGUCAGAGGGCACGCGCAGGUCUCUGGUCCUGAAGAAAGUGGAACUGAGCGACAAAGGCAAAUAUGCAUGUGACUGUGGAACAGACAAGACGUCAGCCAACAUCAAUAUUGAAGCACGCGACAUCAAAGUUGUUCGGCCGAUUUAUGGCGUGGAGUUGUUUGAUGGAGAAACGGCUCGUUUUGAAGUGGAGAUCUCUGAGGACGACGUCCACGGACAGUGGAAGCUGAAUGGAGCAGUGCUCAGUCCGUCCUCUGAUGUGGACAUCAUCGAGGAAGGAGGCAAGCACACGCUGAUCCUCUACAACUGCAAAGUGUCCAUGACCGGUGAGGUGGCGUACUCUGCUGCUAACGCCAAGUGCUCCGCUAACCUCAAGGUCAAAGAACUCCCGCUGAACUUCCUCACACCCAUGACUGAUGUUCAGGUCUAUGAGAAGGACGAUGCGAGGUUUGAGGUCGAGGUGUCAAGAACUCCAAAGACUUUCCGUUGGCUCAAAGGCUCACAGGAGCUGCAGAGCGAUGAAAAGUACGAGGUGAUCCAGGAGGGAAAUUUGUACGUUCUGGUGAUCCGAUCGGCCGCCUACGAUGACGAGGCAAAGUACAUGUUUGAGGCUGAGGACAAGAGGACGACGGGCAAACUGGUUAUACAAGGUAUUCGCCUAGAGUUUGUCAAAACAAUCAAGGAUGUGACAGUAAAGGAGCGUGAAACAGCUGAAUUCAGCGUGGAGCUGUCACAUGACAAGAUCCCAGUGGUCUGGUACAAGAACGACGUCCGACUUCAUCCCAGCAAAGUUGUUCACAUGUCGGCACAGGCGAAGGUUCACACACUGGCCUUCAAGGAAGUCACCAUCGACGACACGUCCAUGAUCAAAGUAGAGGCCAUGGACAAGAGCAUGACCGCCAUGCUCACUGUCAUCGAGGGUGACGCCUACUUCACCACCAAGCUGCACAACUACACGGCAGUGGAGAAGGACGAGGUGAAGCUGGUCUGCGAGCUGAGCAAGGCUGUAGCUGAUGUGAAAUGGUUUAAGGAUGGAAAGGAGAUCACCCCCUCCAAGAACAUCGCCAUUAUCACCGAUGGCAAGAAGCGCAUCCUGAUGGUGAGGAAGGCGGAGAAGGCCAACAUUGGAGAGUACACCUGCGACUGCGGCUCAGACAAAACCACAGCCAAGCUCAACAUUGAAGAGCGGGAUAUCAAAGUUGUCCGUCCGCUGUACAGUGUGGAGGUCACGGAGACAGAAACAGCCAAGUUUGAGACGGAGAUUUCUGAGGAAGAUGUCCAUGGAAACUGGAAGCUGAAAGGAGAAGCUCUUCAUCAGUCAGCUGAUGUUGAGAUUAAGGAGGAAGGAACCAGACACUUGCUGAUCCUCUACAACGUCUGCAUGGACAUGGCAGGACCCGUUGACUUCUCUGCAGCCAACGCCAGAUCCAGCGCCCAGCUCAGAGUCAAAGCUCGGUCCAUCACGCUGAUCCAUCCUCUGAAGGACGUGACGGUGACAGCUGGAGAGACGGCCAUCUUUGAGUGCGAGCUGUCGUACGAGGGCAUCGCAGUGGAGUGGUUCCUGGGAGGGCAGAGGAUGGAGGCCAGUGACCGGGUGAAGACUCGGGUGGCGGGCCGAGUUCACACUUUGACUGUCCGUGAUGUGAACCUGUCGGAGGCCGGCGAGGUCAAACUAACCGCCAAGGACUUCCAGACUCAGGCUCAGCUUAUCGUCAGAGAGCCACCAGUUGAGUUCACAAAGCCUCUGGAGGAUCAGACGGUGGAGGAGGAAGCCACAGCUACUCUGGAGUGUGAGGUUUCCCGUGAGAAUGCUGAGGUACGAUGGUUCAGGGAGGGACAGGAGCUCAGAAAGACCAAGAAGUACGACACCAUCGUGGACGGACGCAAGAGAGCUCUGAUCAUUCACGACUGCUCUCCUGAAGAUGCCAAGUUGUACACGUGUGAUGCCAAAGACUUCAAGACUUCUUGUUUCCUGGAAGUUACACCUCCGUAUGUUGAGUUUACAAAGCCUCUGCAGGAUGUUGAGGUCAGAGAGAAGGAGUCUGCCAAGUUUGAAUGUGAAGUUUCUCGAGAGUCUGCCAAGGUUCGCUGGUUCAAGGACGGUGGUGAGAUCAGGAAAGGAAAGAAGUACGAGAUCAUCGCCAAGGGAGUCCAGAGAAUCCUUAUCAUUCACAAGUCUGUGUUUGAUGACGAGGCCGAGUACGAAUGUGAUGCGAGAACCUCCAAGACCUCUGGCAUGCUCACCGUCAUCGAGGAGGCAGCCAGGUUUACAAAGAACCUGUCCAACGUGGAGGGAACAGAGACGAACACUGUGAAGAUGAUCUGCGAAGUGUCGAAGGCUGGUGCUGAGGUUACCUGGUAUCGUGGGGACGAGGAGCUCCCGGAGGGAGGUCGCUAUGAACAACAGACUGACGGACGCAAGAGGAUCCUGAUCAUCCGGGACCUGAGGAUGGAGGACGCUGGCGAUUACAACUGUAGGCUGAGUCCCACUGUCAGGACAUCUGCCACACUCAAACUCAACGAACUGGCAGCUGAGUUCAUCGCCCGGCCUCAGAACCAGGAAGUGGUGGAGGGCGAGAAGGCAGAGUUCUCCUGCUCUGUCUCCAAAGACACCUACGAAGUAAAAUGGUUCAGAGGAGACAAAGAGAUAGAAGCUGGAGACAAGUACAGCAUCAUCAGUGAAGGAAAACGAAGAGCUCUUAUUGUGAAAAGCUGUGAGCUGAAGGACGAGGGAGGCUACACUGCACACAUUGGCACUGUUAAAGCCGUGGCAGAUCUGCUAGUGAUCGAAAAACUGAGGAUCAUAACUCCGAUCAAAGACACAGAGGUGAAGGAGGCAGGCGAGAUCGUGUUUAACUGCGAGGCAAACACGGAAGGAGCGAAGGCCAAGUGGCUGAAGAAUGAAGAGACCAUUUUUGAGAGCAGCAAGUACAUGAUGGCUCAAAGGGACAACGUCUUCUCUCUGAGGAUCAGAGACGCCCAAAAGGCUGACGAGGCCGUCUAUACCGUUAGCCUGACCAAUCACAGAGGAGAGCACGCCAAGUGCACUGCCAGCGCUAAAGUGGCAGAGGAGAAACUGAGGUUCUUGGAGCCCAUCGAGGACAAUGAGACUCAGGAGAAGAAGACCAUCAGCUUCGUCUGUAAGGUGAACAGGCCCGGGGCGACGGUGAGGUGGCUGAAGGCUGGUCAGGAGGUGACGCUCAGCAAACGCAUCGUCUACAGAGCCGAUGGCCUGAAGCACAGCCUGACCAUUAAGGACUGCAUCAUGGAAGACGAGGGCGAGUACACGGCCGUGGUCGGAGAUGACAAAUGUGCAGCUGAGCUGAUCAUUAGCGAGGCACCCACAGACUUCACGGCACAGCUCAAAGACCAGACCAUUACAGAGUUCGAGGAUGCAGAGUUCACUUGCAAGCUGAGCAAGGAGAAGGCUGCCGUCAAGUGGUACAGGGAAGGACGCGAGAUUCGAGCGGGCCCCAGAUAUCAAAUGGAAAAAGAAGGAAAGACGUGCAGACUGAUCAUCAAGGUGUGCAGGCCUGAUGACGAGUGUGAAUACGCCUGUGGUAUGGAUGAGAGGAGGACGAGAGCGAGGCUCUUUGUUGAAGAGACCCCAGUGGAAAUCAUCAGACCACCUCGGGACGUGUUCGAACCUCCAGGUUCAGACAUCGUGUUUGAGGUGGAGCUCAACAAAGACAGGGUGGAGGUGAAGUGGAUGAGGAACAACAUGAUCAUCGUCCAGGGAGACAAAUACCAGAUGAUCAGCGAGGGUAAAGUCCACAGACUGCAGGUCUGUGAAAUUAGACCCAGGGAUCAGGGAGAGUACAGGAUCGUGGCCAAAGACAAGGAUGCCCGAGCCAAGCUGGAGCUGGCAGCUGUUCCAAAGAUUAAAACCACCGACCAGAACCUGGUGACAGAUGCCGGUAAACCCUUUGUCAUGACUGUGCCUUACGACGCGUACCCUCGUGCUGAUGCUGAGUGGUUUUUUGAGGGCACCAGUCUUCCUGUCCAGAAUAUUGACACCUCUUUGGACAAGACCGAGUACCGCCUGAAGAGCCCUGCCAAGGAGGACCAGGGCCGGUACAAGGUGGUAAUUAAGAACAAGCAUGGUGAGGGUGAAGCCUUUAUCAACCUGGACGUGAUUGAUGUACCGGGACCCAUCAAGAACCUGAGAGUGGUUGACACUGUUGAUGGCGAGGUGAGUUUGGCCUGGGAGGAACCUGAGAAUGACGGUGGCAGCAAGAUUAUCGCCUAUGUUGUAGAAAGACGGGAUGUGAAGCGCAAGACCUGGACUGUGGCUACAGAUCGUGCUGACACUCCAGAGUACUGCGUCAGUGGCCUGCAGAAGGAAUCCUUUUACCUCUUCAGAGUCUGUGCUCGAAACAGAGUUGGCAGCGGACCCACUGUUGCAACCGAAGAUGCCGUUCAGGCCAAAAACAAGUUUGAUGUUCCAGAUGCUCCUGAAAAUGUUGCAGUAGAGUCAGUGAACAAGUUUGGUGCCACCAUCACUUGGGAGCCCCCCAAGUUUGACGGUGGCUCUGAGAUCACUGCUUAUGUGAUUGAGCUCCGUGACAGAACAUCUGUUAAGUGGGAGGCAGCCUUAGUCUGUGCUGCCGAUGACCGCUUGGCUAUGCUGAACGACGUGGUGGAGAACAAGGAGUACAUCUUUAGAGUCCGAGCAGAGAACAAGGCUGGCAUCGGCAGGCCCAGUGCUGCCACCAACCCCGUCAAGAUCAUGGAUCCCAUCGAGAGGCCGAGCCCACCUCUGAACCUGAACUUUAGUGACCAAAUCAAGACGGCAGUCACGUUGACCUGGGAGACGCCCGUAAACAAUGGUGGCAGCAUGAUUACAGGAUACAUCAUUGAGAAAUGUGAGGACGGCUCUGACAAGUGGCUCCGCUGCAACGCCAGACUGUGUCCUGACCUCUCCUACCGGGUGUCUGGACUAAAACCUGGUCAGAAGUACCUCUACAGAGUUUGCGCUGAGAAUGCCGCUGGUGUCUCCGAUCCAGCCGAGCAGCUGGGACCACUGCUUGCCGAUGAUCCUCAUGUUGGUCCAACCUUUGACCUGAGUGGUUUCAGGAAAGGCCUGGAGGUGAUUGUUCCUCAGCCUCUAACAGUUAGAGUUCCCAUUACUGGAUACCCGACCCCUGUGGCCAAGUGGACCUUUGGCGAGAAGGAGCUGACCCCAGCAGAUGAGCGUGUCUCCAUGGUGACGAAGCCUACGUACACAGAGCUGACGAUAUCUCCUAGUGUUCGUCCGGACAAAGGCAUCUACACCCUGCAGCUGGAGAACGACGUAUCCUCUGUCUCUGGAGAUAUUGAUGUCAACGUCAUCGCAUGCCCCAGUGCUCCGAAGGACUUCAAAGUGGCUGAAGUGACCCGUCACCAUGUCCACCUGAUGUGGGAGGCACCUGAACACGAUGGAGGAAGUCCAGUGACACACUAUCAGAUUGAGAAGAGAGAAGUUUCUCGCAAGACAUGGGCCAAGGUGGCUGCUGGCAUCCUUGACCUGGAGCACACGGUAACAGACGUGAUUGAAGGAAAGGAGUAUCUGUUCAGCGUCUCUGCAUGCAACAAGUGUGGACCUGGAGAGCCAGCCUACAUUGAUGAGCCCAUCAAUGUCUCUUCUCCUGCAACUGUACCUGAUCCACCUGAGAACCUUAAGUGGCGCGAUAAGAGUGCCAAGACCAUUUUCCUGUCCUGGGAGCCUCCAAAAUAUGAUGGUGGUGCCCAUAUUAAAGGCUAUGUGGUGGACAAGUGCCAGCGUGGUACUGACAAGUGGGAACCCUGCGGUGAUCCCAUCCCUGAACUCAAGUUCCAGGUUACCGGCCUGGUCGAGGGCCAGUGGUACGCCUACAGAGUCAGAGCUUUUAACAAGCUGGGAGCCAGCCGACCUUGCAGGGCUACCGAUGAGAUCCAAGCUGUGGACGCUAAGGAACCUCCUGAGAUCCAGCUCGAUGUGAAGUUGCUGGCUGGUUUAACCACCAGAGCUGGCACCAAAAUUGAGCUUCCUGCAGAUGUGAAAGGGAAGCCCGAUCCCCGGGUGAAGUGGACCAAAGCAGACGUGGUCCUGCGGGCUGAUAACCGCAUUACUAUCGACACCCAGCCAGGACACUCAAAGGUUUCCAUUGACAACACCACCAGAGGAGACACCGCCACGUACAUUAUUGAGGCAGUCAAUGCCUGUGGACGUGCCACUGCCACUAUUGAUGUCAACAUCCUGGAUAAACCGGGCCCUCCAGCUGCUUUAGAUAUCUCUGAAAUCACCAACGAAUCCUGCGUCCUGGCCUGGAACCCACCCAGAGAUGAUGGCGGGUCUCCCAUCACCAACUACAUUGUGGAAAGUCGUCAGACUGAUAAGGAGGAGUGGGUCAAGCUGUCAGCCACGGUGAAGCACACCACCUUCAAGGCCACCAAGCUCACAGCAUUGAAAGAGUACAUUUUCAGGGUCAGUGCUGAGAACCAGUAUGGUAUUGGUGAACCUGCAGAGCAUGUGCCAAUCACUGCCAAGUAUUCCUUCGAUCCUCCGGGUCCUCCAACCAGAACCACUCCCUCUGACAUCGCCAAGGACGCUGUCACUCUGACCUGGUUAGAGCCUGACGAGGAUGGCGGUAGCCCCAUCACUGGAUACUGGAUUGAGAAGUUAGAUCCGGAGAGUGACAAGUGGAUCAGAUGUAACAAACUGCCCAUCACGGACACAACAUUCAGGGUAAAGGGUCUAACCGCCAAGAAGAAGUACCGCUUCCGUGUUCUGGCUGAAAAUCUAGCUGGACCUGGAAACCCAAGUGCAGAGACUGAUCCCAUCCUCAUCAAAGAUCCUAUUGAUCCUCCAUGGGCUCCUGGUAAACCUGUCAUCAGGGACAUUGCCAAGACCUCAGCCCUGUUAGGAUGGACUCGUCCAGAGCACGAUGGUGGGGCUAAGAUUGAAGGCUACAUCAUUGAGUUCCAGAAGGCUGGAAGCGAGGAAUGGAUCAAGAUUGCAGAGGAUGUUCCUCAGACUGAGCAUCAGCUGAAGGGCCUAAUAGAAAAGCAAGAAUACUCUUUCAGAGUCAGGGCCGUCAAUAAGGCUGGUGAGAGCGAACCCAGUGAGCCCAGUGACCCCGUGGUCUGCAAGGAGAGACUCUAUCCUCCAUCAGCCCCUCAGUGGCUGGAGGUGGCAAACAUCACCAAAAUUAACGCAGACCUAAAGUGGCAGCCUCCCAGCAGUGAUGGCGGCUCACCCAUCACCAACUACGUGGUUGAAAAGAGGGACGUGAGGCGGAAGGCGUGGCAGACUGUCGACACCACCGUCAAGGAACAGAAGUAUACGGUUACCCCUCUCAACGAAGGAUCGCUGUAUGUGUUCCGGGUUGCUGCAGAGAAUGCCGUUGGGAUGGGUGAAUUUUGUGAGCUGGAGGAUGCCGUUCUUGCCAAGGACACUUUUACAACUCCUGGACCUCCUUAUGCACUGACGGUGGUGGAAGUCACCAAGAGACAUGUGGAGCUGAAGUGGGAACCUCCCAAUAGCGAUGGUGGAAGACCAAUAACAAAGUAUGUGAUUGAGAAGAAAGAAAAGGUGGGAACUCGCUGGCUGAAGUGCUGCAAAACUCCAGACAGAAAGACUCAGUUCAAGGUAACGGAUGUUGAUGAAGGUUCAGAAGUGCAGUUCCAGGUCAGAGCUGAGAACGAGGCUGGAGUUGGAGAUCCAAGUGAACCCACCGUGAUUCUCACCAUUGAAGAUCCAACCAGUGCACCAUCACCUCCACUUGAAGUGGUCAUCCCUGAUGCCAGCAGGGAGCACAUCAAUGUCACCUGGAAGCCUCCAGUCAAGGACGGGGGUUGUCCAGUCACUGGGUACCAUGUGGAGGUGGCAGAAGCCCGUCCAGAACUAAAGUGGCUCAGGGUCAACAGCAGACCCAUCAAGGAGCUAAAGUUCAGGAUAGAUGAUGGAAUCAAACCUGAGAAAAAGUAUGUCAUUAGGGUUCGGGCCAUCAACUCUGUUGGAGUCAGUGAUCCCUCUGAUGUAUCUGAUAAGGUCGCCACCAAAGAUCCUGACUGUGCUCCAACCAUGGAUUUGGAAGCAAAGGACGUGAUAGUGGUUGAAGGUGAGAAGCUGCACCUCAAUGUUCCCUACAGGGCAAUCCCGACACCCAAGAUGGUUUGGCAGAAGGACACUGUGGAGUGUAAGGCCGGUGACCGGCUCUCCUUGACAGUGGAGAUGAACAGCGCCCACCUGGAGCUGCUCAAGUGCACCCGUGAUGAUGCUGGCGCCUAUGCCAUCACUCUGGAAAACAGUCUGGGAACUGCCACUGGAACCGUCAAUGUCAAAGUCAUCGGACUCCCUGGUCAGUGUAAAACUAUCACCUCCAGUGACGUCACCAAGAACAGCUGCAAGGUCAGCUGGGAAGCUCCAGAGGAUGAUGGCGGCACCCCCAUUGUCAGCUAUACCCUGGAGCGCCGUGAAGCAUCCAAAAAGACUUACAUGCCCGUUAUGUCGGGAGAAAAUGUCCUAACAAGUACUGUCAAAGAUCUCUUUGUCAACUGUGAGUACUACUUCAGGGUGAAAGCUGUCAACAAGGUUGGAGCGGGAGAAUAUCUGGAGUUACAAAACCCGGUCAUUAUAGAGGAAAUAAAACAGAAACCAGACCCACCCAUCCAAGUGGAGGCUCAUGACCCAACGUCCAAGUCCAUCACAGUCACCUGGAAGGCUCCAGACUACGAUGGCGGCUGUCCCAUCCAGGGCUACAUCAUAGAGAAGAUCGAGAAGGACGGCGACCGCUACGAGAGGGUCACACCAAGCCUGGUUCCUGGUUUCUCCUACGUGGUGAUGGGCCUAAAGGAGGACAUGGAGUACCAGUUCAGGGUCAGAGCUGAGAAUGCUGCUGGAGUCAGCGAACCGUCACGCAGCUCACAGCCCAUCAAGGCUGCAGACCCUGUUGAAAAACCCAAGGUCACCCUGCAUGCCCGUGUUCAAUCUGGGCUCUGCAUCAAGAAAGGUGAGGAAAUCUGCAUUGAUGCCUACAUCUCUGGCUCCCCAUAUCCCAAAGUCACCUGGCUGAGAAAUGAUGAGGAUGUCACCAAAGAGCCCACCAAGAAGUUCAUUCCUGUUAUCAAGAAGAAGAAGACCAAAGCCAAGGUUCCAGAACCAGAGGAGGAGUUUGUGACUCCCCUGCGUGAGCGUCUGGGUAUAGACCAGACCAAGAAGGGACAAUCUGCACUGAUGAUCCGUGAUGCCGUCAGAUCCGAUCACGGCAGCUUCACUAUCAAGGUGGAAAACACACAUGGUGUUGCCACCGCUUCCUGCGUCGUCAACGUCCUAGACAAACCUGGUGCUCCGAUUAACUUCACCUUUGAUGAGAUCAGGAACACGUCGGUCAUCUGUAACUGGGAGCCUCCUGAGGAUGAUGGUGGCAGCGAGAUCCUGAACUACAUUCUGGAGAAGAAAGACAACAAGAAGGACGAGAUUGGCUGGAUUACCGUCACUUCUACCCUGAAGGGCACCAGCUGCCCCGUCACCAAGCUCAUCGAAGGGAAGGAGUACAUCUUCAGAGUCACUGCUGAAAACAAGUAUGGCUGUGGUCCACCGUGCAUCUCCGAACCACUCGUUGCCAAGAACCAGUUCAGUCCUCCUGAUGCUCCCAACACUCCCAGAGUCCAUGAGGUGACGGCAAGCACCGCGCACAUCUCCUGGCAUGAGCCAAAGGACAAUGGAAGCCCGAUCCUGGGUUACUGGAUCGAGAGGAAAGAGGUGAACAGCAAACACUGGACCAGAGUCAACCGAGCCCUCCUCAACUCUCUCGAGGUGAAGGUGACUGGCCUGAUGGAGGGCUUAACCUACAUCUUCAGGGUCUGUGCUGAGAAUCUGGCUGGCCCUGGGCCCUUCAGUGAUCCAACCGAUCGCAUUGUCGCGAUGGAUGAAAUCCUGCCUCCUGGUCCACCGAUUCCGUGGAUCGUGGACACCGGAAAGGACUCUGUUGUUGUGGCGUGGAAGCCCCCGCUGUACAAUGGUGGUGGAGACAUCCUGGGAUACCACGUUGAGAAGGUUCUGGCCGGAGAGAAAGACUGGAGCCGCAGCACCGAGUUCAGGUGUAAAGAGCUGACGUACACUGUGACCGGCCUCACUGAGGGAGCAGAUUAUUAUAUCCGGGUUCUUGCAGUCAAUGACGCAGGCCCAGGAGCUCCUGGUGUUACUGAACCCGUUACUGUCAAAGAGCCCCAAGAAUCUCCUGUUGUGGAUUUCGAUGACUCUGUGAAGAACGGCGUCAUGAUUAAGGCUGGCGAGUCUCUGAGGCUUCCUGCUGUGGUCCGUGGUCGACCCCAGCCGGAGGUAAAAUGGGCCAAAGAUGAGGCUGAAAUCGACAAAGAGAGGAUGAUUGUGGAGACCGUGGGGAAGAAUAGUACAUUGUUCAUCAAGAAGGCUGUGAGGGCAGAUCACGGAAAGUACCAGAUCACCGGCACCAACAGCAGCGGGAGCAAGACCGCCGAGACAAGAGUGGAUGUUAUGGAUGUUCCUGGGCCGGUGGUUGACUUGAAGGCUGUUACAGUUACCAAGAAGAACAUCGUCCUCACCUGGUCUGACCCCGUGGAUAAUGGUGGCAGCGAUAUCAUUGGUUAUGAGGUGCUGAGGAAGGAUGCCAAUAUGAAGCUUUUCCGCCAGCCCAUUGAGACUGCAUCCUGCAAGUGUGAUGUCCAAGGCCUGCUGGCUGGCGAGGAGUAUGAUUUCAGAGUCAUUGCCAGGAACAAGUAUGGUGAUGGACUUCCAGCAGACCUGGGUCCCAUCUUAGCUGAGGAUCCAAAAGGUACACCAUCUGCCCCAGAGAAACUGCACUACACCAACAGAAGCAAGAACACCAUCACUCUGGCCUGGCAGCCUCCUCGCACUGAUGGUGGCAGCCCCAUCAGAGGAUACUAUGUGGAGAAGAUGAGGUCUGACAGCACCGAGUUUGAAGUGGCCAACCGCAAGAUCUUCACUGAGUGCUGUGGAACCAUUGAGAACCUGUCGGAGAACCAGGAGUAUGACUUCCGUGUCAAAGCCGUGAACGAGGUUGGAGAAGGAGAUCCAUCCAAAAGAAUCACCGUCAAGAUCCAGGAUGAUGAGAUUGCUCCCAGCAUUACAAUCUUGAAAUUCAUCAAGAGCAACGCCAUCAAUGUGAGGAAAGGCGCCGCCAUCGACAUCCCAGCAGAAGUGAGGGGACUUCCUCUGCCGACACUGCAGUGGAUGAAGGAUGACGUCGUGAUUGAGAAGACUGAUGAGGAGAAGAUGACAAUGGAGACUGAGGAGGUGGACCGGACAACCUUAAGGACGAAGAUUGCCAUCCCAGUAACCAUAAGGCAGGACAAAGGCAGCUACAAGCUGGUUGCUGAAAACUGCCACGGGAAAGCUCAGCAGAUCAUCAAAGUCGAGAUCCUCGACCGUCCUCUUCCUCCACGGAACAUCGUGGUCUCGGACAUCAAAGCAGACUCGUGCUACCUGACCUGGGACGCUCCAGAAGACAAUGGAGGAAGUGAGAUUACCAACUACAUUGUUGAGCGCAGAGAUGCAAGCAAGAAAAAGUCUGACUUUGAUGUUCUGACCAUCAACCUCAUUGACAGGAGAUUUGGGGUGUACAAACUGGACUUGAAUGGUACCUACCAGUUCAGGAUCAAAGCUGAAAACAAAUAUGGCGUCAGUGAUGGCUGCGACUCAGAGAAAGUCCAGCUGCGGGAUCCAUUUGGUCUUCCUGGACCUCCACGUAAUCCAAAAAUUAUCGCUGCUACAGCGACCACAAUGACCGUGACUUGGGAUCCCCCUCUGGACAACGGUGGUUCCACCAUCCAGGGAUAUUGGCUGGAGAAGAGGGAACGUGGUGCUGUGUACUGGGGUCGUGUCAACCGAGCUCCAGUCACCAAACCGGCAGUGAAAGGCCUGCAGUACACCGUGCUGAAGCUCAUAGAAGGAACAGAGUACCAAUUCAGGAUUUCAGCCUGCAAUGCUGCUGGUGUUGGACCGCCCAGCGAGGCCACAGAGUGCCGCUUUGCUGUGGAUCCAUGCAACCCCCCAAGCAUACCUGGAAAUCCUGAAAUUAAAGACAAGACCAAGAACAGCGUCACUCUAACCUGGACCCCACCGGACAAAGAUGGCGGUAGCCCAAUCAAGGGUUACAUUAUUGAGGUUCAUGAGGAGGGCUCUCCUGAUUGGAGGAGAGUGAAUCCUGCUGAUAAGCUCCACCCCUCCACUGAAAUCACUGUACCUGACCUGAAGGAAGGCAAGAAGUGCAAGUUCAAGAUUUACGCGGUGAACUCUGCUGGAAACUCAGAGCCUGCUAGGACUGGUGACAUCCUGGUUCAGGACAUCCUGAUUGAGCCAACGGUGACUCUCGAUGUGACUGCUCACGACCUGCUGAACUGUAGAGCAGGAACGACCAUUAAGAUUCCUGCCACCAUCACCGGCCGACCUGUCCCCAAAGUCACCUGGACUUUCGAUGGAACGGCUGAGACUGAGAAAAAGAACGAUCUACACACUCUGCCAAUUGACUCAGAGAUACAUUCCACCGACACAACCUCAGUGAUUGAGAUCCCAGCCUGCAAACUAAACCACAGUGGCAGAUACAUCAUCAAUGCAGAGAGCCCUGCUGGACACAAAGUGGUCAAAGUCAGAGUCAGCGUCCUCGACCUGCCCGGACCUCCCAGAGACCUGAAGAUUAGCGACGUGACCAGGGGAACAUGCAGACUCACCUGGAAACCCCCAGAGUGUGAUGGAGGAGAGAGGGUUAAGAGCUACUUUAUUGAAAAGAAAACAGCAGAGGGAAAAGCAUGGACCAAGGUAAACCCGGCCUGCGCUGCUCAGUCUCUGGUGGUUCCAGAUCUGAAUGAAGGCCAGGAGUACUUUUUCCGUGUACGUGCUGAGAACCGCUUUGGGUUUGGCCCCUACAUCGCAACCAUUCAAAGGACCAAGGCCAGAGAUCCAAUCCAUCCUCCCGAUCCUCCAACAAGGUUGAAGAUCCAGAGCGUCAGGAAGGGCACAGUAACUCUGACCUGGAAGGCUCCAAAGAACGAUGGUGGUUCACCUGUAACCCACUACAGCGUUGAUCUCCUCUGCUGGGACAGCAGUGGCACCCAGAAGGAGUCCUGGAGGAGGUGCAACAGGAGAGACGUGGACACUACCAGCUUUAAAGUGGAGGACCUUACAGAGGGAGAUGAGUAUGAGUUCAGGGUGAUGGCUUACAAUGAAGUCGGACCCAGCCGACCUUCAUCUACUGCUGGACCAAUCACCAUCCAGGACCAGAGCUGUGCUCCAUCCAUCGAGCUGAAUGAGUUCAUGGAGGUGGAGCAGGGCUCCGACAUUAGCAUUGUGGCCCAAAUUCGUGGCUGUCCAUUCCCUACACUCACCUGGUACAAGGCUCCGCCCCACAAGUCCGACGCCAAGGUGGAGGUUCAGUACGACGAGCAUAUAAAUAAGAUUGUUUCGGACGACAGCUGCACACUGCUCAUCCAGCAGGGCAAACGUCCCGACACAGGCCUGUACACGCUGGUGGCUUCCAACAGCCUCGGCAAGGCCUCCAAGGAGAUGAGGCUCAACGUGCUUGGCCGUCCCGGUCCUCCCUCUGCUCCCAUUAAGUUUGAGGAGAUUGGAGCUGAGAAGAUCACGCUUUCUUGGCUGCCGCCGAAGGACGACGGUGGCUCCAAAGUCACAAACUACGUCAUCUGGAGGCGGGUGGCCAACAGAAAGACUUGGGUGCCUGUCACCAGUGAGCCGAAAGAGCGGAUCUGGACAGUGGAGAACUUGAUGACGGGACAUGAGUACGUGUUCCGCAUUAUGGCACAGAACAAGUAUGGAGUCGGAGAGCCACUGGACAGUGAGCCCGAGGUGGCCCGAGAUCUCUACACUGUACCUGGUCAGGUUGAAAAGCCGACAGUUACCAGCGUAACCAUGGACUCCAUGACCGUUAACUGGGAAGAACCUGAGGACGAUGGGGGGUCCCCGAUCACUGGCUACUGGCUGGAGCGCAAGGAGACAACUGGCAAACGCUGGACCCGUGUCACCCGCGACCCGAUCCGUCCCAUGGGCCUGGGCGAGUCGUUUGUGGUGAGCGGACUCAUUGAGGGAUCCCAGUAUCUAUUCCGAGUCUCUGCCAUCAACGCCGCAGGGCCCGGACUUGCCAGCCCUCCCACUGACCCCAUCUUUGCCAGAGACCCUAUCACGCCGCCAUCUCCUCCAACCCCAAAGGUUUCUGACUGGACAAAGUCUACGGUGGACCUGGAGUGGAUUCCUCCUCUGAAGGAUGGAGGCUCCAAGAUCAUUGGUUAUUGGGUGGAGCACAAAGAGGAGGGCACUGAAGCCUGGGUCAAGGCCAAGGACACGGAAAUCCGUGGCACCCGAUUUGUGAUCACUGGUCUGAAGACUGGUGGUAAAUACAGGUUCAGAGUGAUUGCCUUCAAUGCUGCCGGCAAUGGUGAGCCAGGAGAAGUCCCAGAGGUUCUCGAGGUGAAUGACAGAAUUGUUGCGCCUGAGGUCGACUUGGAUGCCUCGGUGAAGGAAAGAAUAGUGGUCCAUGCUGGCGGCGUGAUCCGCAUCAUUGCCUACGUGUCAGGCCAGCCAUCCCCUGAUGUCACCUGGAGUAGAGAUGGAGCUGCACUGCCUCCUGAGGCUAAAGUGGAGACGACAGCCAUCAGCUCGUCUCUUGUCAUCAAACCUUGCACUAGGAAACACCUUGGUGUGUACAUACUGACCGCCAAAAAUGCUGGAGGAGAGAAGACAAAGAAGAUCACAGUGGAAGUUCUGGAUGUUCCCGGGCCAGUAGGCAUCCCCUUAGUUGCAGAGAACCUGAGCAGUGACUCCUGCAAAAUCAACUGGUUCUUCCCUGAGAAUGAUGGCGGCUCACCUAUAAGCAACUUCGUUAUUGAGAAACGUGAGGCUGAGCGCAAAGCCUGGACGUCGCUGUCCUACACCGCCAGCAGACAGAACGCUGUGGCUCAUGACCUCACACCUGGAAAGGCCUACUUCUUCAGAGUAGCUGCAGAGAAUGCCAUCGGUAUUGGACCCUUUGUGGAGACUGCAGCUGAGAUUGUCAUCAAGGAACCCAUCAGUGUUCCAGACCGUCCAGAGGAGGUAGAAGUCACCAAGGUCACCAAAGAUUUGAUCAGCAUCGCUUGGAAGGCGCCCAAGUAUGACGGUGGCUCAGAGAUCACUAUGUAUAUCCUGGAAGCACGCAUGAUUGGCAAAGACAAAUUCACUAGACUGACAAAGGAGAACCUGAUGGACAGGAAAUACACCUACGAUGGCCUCAGGGAGGGUGACACCUAUGAGUUUAGGGUCAUUGCUGUCAAUGAGGUUGGCCCCAGCAAACCAUCUUUCUGCACCAAACCAGUCACCUGCAAGGACGAGCUAGAGCCGCCAACCAUUGAGCUGGAUUUCCGCGAUAAGAUCAUCAUCCGUGUGGGGGAGAGCUGCCUGCUGCAGGGCCGCUAUACUGGUAAACCACCUCCAUCCAUCACGUGGUAUCGUGAUGACAAGGAGCUGAAAGCUGACAAACACAUCAUGUUCAAGAACACGCUAACCACCAUGUCGCUGGGCCUGAUGAAGGCAGAGCGUGAACACAGCGGCAGAUACGUGGUCGUUGUAGAGAACAGUACCGGAUCCAGGAAGGGAGUCUGCAACAUCACGGUUGUUGACCGUCCGACUCCUCCUGUUGGCCCAGUGGUGUUUGAGGAGGUUCACAGGGAAUACAUGGUGAUCUCCUGGAAGCCUCCUCUGGACAGUGGUGGUGUUGAUGUCUCUAAUUACAUAAUUGAGAAAAGAGACAUCAACAGAGAAACCUGGACCACAGUAACAUCUGCCUCCACCAAGACCACAUGCAAAAUCCCCAAGCUGACAGAGGGCAGGGAGUAUAUAAUGAGAAUCUGUGCUGAGAACAUGUACGGUAUCAGCGACCCUCUGGAAUCUGAGGAGAUGAAAGCCAAAGAUCUCUUCAGAGUCCCCGAAGCCCCUGAAAUGCCAACAGUCAGGGAGGUGUAUGGCACCAAUGCUCUAGUGCUGUGGAACCGACCUCGUGAUGGUGGAAAGCCCAUCACCAACUACAUCCUGGAGAAAAAAGAGACCACAGCCAAGAGGUGGUCCAGGGUCACCAGAGACCCACUGUACCCAGCCACUCAGUAUCGAGUCCAGGAUCUAGUGGAGGGCUGCGAGUAUGAAUUCAGGGUGAUGGCUGAGAAUGAGCUCGGACCUGGAGAUCCCAGUGUCCCCUCCAAGCCCAUACUUGCCAAAGACCCUAUUGUGCGCCCCAGUCCUCCUGUGACCCCCGAGGCCUAUGAUAAGACCAAGGACUCUGUCAGCCUGAAGUGGAAGAUGCCACGCCACGACGGGAGGGGACGAAUCUUUGGAUACCUUGUGGAGUACCAGAAGCCUGGUGCCGUAGAGUGGAUGCAAGCCAACGAAACCCCAGAGCAGUGCCCUGACCUGCACUAUGUGGUGACAGGGCUGGCUGAAGGACACGAGUACAAAUUCAGGAUCUUCACUGUCAAUGCUGCUGGCAAAUCAGAUCCUGCUUAUGUCAAGGAUACCAUUAAAGUCCAUGACAGGCUUGAGGAACCAGAGUUGCUGCUGGAUGCCAACAUGGCACGUGACCACCUGGCCAUGCUGGGCACUGACAUCACCCUGAGUGCCACCAUCAAAGGUGUGCCGACGCCCACAGUCAGCUGGAAGAAGAAUGAUGCAGACGUUCCUGCUCACAUCACCGUUGCUGUUACUGCCACUGGCAGCAAAGUCUUCAUCCCGAAGUGCGUCCGUGCAGACUCUGGCAACUACACCAUCACUGUUGAGAAUGCUGCUGGGAAGAAGACAGCAACCGUUGCUGUGCUUGUGCUGAACAAGCCUUCUCCUCCCAGGGACUUGGUAAUCUCUGAUGUAACCAGUGAGUCCGCCUACCUCACAUGGAAGGCACCAGAGGACAAUGGUGGUGCCGUCAUCUCUCAUUACAUCGUGCAGAAGAAGGACGUGGCUGCUGAGCAGUGGGUACCUGUUGCUGCAGCCAAUAAGAAACUGAGUCUGAUGGCCAUGUACCUGAUGGAAGGAAUCCAGUACUUGUUCAGGGUAGCUGCAGAGAACCAGUUUGGCAGGAGUGAUUAUGUAGUGACCAAAACACCCAUCAAGGCUGUCGAUCCUCUCUAUCCUCCUGGCCCGCCCAAGAACCUGCACCACACUGAUGCAGAUAAGACAGAGGUUUGGUUGGCAUGGGAGUGGCCUGACCGCACCGGUGGAAGUGAAAUUACUGGCUUCAUUGUGGAGCACCAAGAAGAGGGUCAGACUGACUGGGUCACCUUCAAGACCGUAAGCAACAAUCACACCCAUGUCACAGGUCUGGAGGAGGGCAAGACUUACCGCUUCAGGGUCAAAGCUCAGAACGCCAUUGGCGUGAGCCGUCCCGACACCAGUGUCCCUGUCACAUGUCAGGAGAAAACAUUGCCACCUACUAUUGAAGUUGAUGUAAAGCUUAUUGAGGGUCUGAUUGUCAAAGCUGGCACCACUAUUGCUCUUCCAGCCAAGAUGGUGGGCAUCCCUCUUCCCACUGCCAAAUGGAUGACUGAUGGCAAAGAGAUCACAUCUGAGGGCCGCUAUCACAUUCAGUCAGCUGACUCCACAACCACCCUAAGUAUCCCUGAGUGCCAGAGAGCAGACACUGGAGAGUAUAUACUCACUGUGUCAAAUCCUGCAGGCAGCAAAACUGUUGCCCUUCAUGUGACUGUCCUGGAUCUUCCAGGUCCACCCAUUGGACCCAUUAAUAUUAUGGAAGUCACCCCUGAUUACAUGAUGAUCCAAUGGAGAGCCCCAAAGGAUGAUGGUGGAACACCUAUCACCAACUAUGUGGUGGAAAAGAAGGAUGUGAAAAAACCAUGGGAGCCUUGGUCUGUGGUUAGCUCCAGUGGCACAGUGACCAGAGCCAAGGUGUCCAGACUAGAGAAAGGCCGUGAGUACAUUGUCCGUGUGCGUGCGGAGAACAAGAUUGGUAUUGGUGCUCCACUUGAGAGUCCUCCAACUAUUGCCAAACACAUGUUUAACCCUCCCGGCCCACCAGGCCUACCAGAAUGUUCUGAUAUAACAGAGAAUGCUGUAACAGUGUCAUGGAGCCUGCCUGACUAUGAUGGAGGAAGUCCUAUCAGUGGUUAUGUGGUUGAACGCAGAGAAAUGACAGGAAAGUGGAUCCGUGUCAAUAAAACACCUGUUCUCGACCUCAGAUAUAGAGUCUCUGGCUUAUUUGAAGGGAACACUUAUGAGUUCAGAGUAUUUGCAGAAAACAUUGCUGGUAUCAGUGAGCCCUCGCUUACCUCUGAUCCCAUCAAGGCCACCCGAGCCAUCACCAAACCUGGCCCCCCUGGUAAUCUUAAACUGAAAGACUGGAGUAAGUCCCAUGCUGACAUCUGUUGGACCAAGCCUACAAGAGAUGGAGGUAGUCCCAUUCUGGGGUAUGUAAUUGAGGCUCAGAAGUCAGGAACUGCCCAGUGGGACAGAAUCAACAAAGACCUUGUCAAGAUGUGUGCCUAUAGAGUUCCAGGCCUUAUCGAAGGACUAGAGUACAGAAUCCGCAUCAGAGCCACCAAUAAGGUUGGAGACAGUGAACCCAGGGAGCUACCUCAGACUAUCUUGGCAAAGGACAUCCUGGUACCACCUGAAGUUGUUGUUGAUGUGUCAUGCCGUGACUCUGUGACAGUCAGAGCAGGUCAGAUUAUCAGUUUGAUCACUAGAGUCAAAGGCAGACCAGAUCCAGAAAUCACUUGGACCAAGGAUGCCAGAGCUUUGGCCAGGGAUAAGCGCACACAGAUGAACAACAACUACCCAGUGUGUGAACUCAUCAUAAACGAUGCAGUCAGAUCAGACUAUGGUAAAUAUGCUAUUGUGGCUAAGAACAGCAGCGGGCAGGCACAGGCUACCAUUCUUGUCAAUGUCCUAGACACACCGGGAGCUUGCCAGAAUAUAAAAGUGGCUUAUGUGACCAAGAAAUCCUGCAUGGUUUCCUGGGAGAACCCUGAAGAUAAUGGAGGAACUGAGAUCACUCAGUACAUUAUUGAAUGUCGUCAGCCCAGCCAGCGAGGAUGGACAGUGGUUUCCAAUGACUGCACUAAGCGUCUGAUAAAGGCUCCUCUUACAGAGAGUUGUGAAUAUUUCUUCCGGGUCAGCGCAGAGAACAAGAUUGGCACUGGUCCACCUACUGAGACCAAGACACCUGUAUUGGCAGUUGAUCCCAUUGAGAAACCUGGUGAACCCAUUGACUUCCAUAUAUCUGAGAUAGGCAAGACCUUCUGCUUCCUCAAGUGGAAGAAGCCAGAUUAUGAUGGUGGUAGCCGUAAUCUGGGUUAUCAUAUUGAAAAGAAACCAAAGGAGGCUGAUGAGUGGGAGAGGCUUCACAAGGGUGCCAUCAAGGAGACUUACUUCAUGGCCGACAGAUGUGUCGAAAACCAGAUCUACCAGUUCAGAGUUCAGACUAAGAAUGAGGGCGGUGAAAGCAACUGGGUUACCACAGCUGAAGUCAUGGUUAAGGAACAGUUAGUGAUGCCUGAGAUCAAGAUUAAAUUGGAUGGGACCCUUACAGUAAAAGCAGGAGACUCCAUUCCUAUAGAGGCAACAGUGACGGGCAAACCCCAGCCUGAUAUCAAAUGGACCAGGGAUGAAAGCACAGAGGAGAUUAAGAAGGGCCCCAGGCUUCAAAUCGAAAGUGGUGCAGACUUCUCUAAACUUCUGAUUACUGGAGCAAGGCGCACUGACAGUGGCAAAUAUGCUGUUACUGCCUCCAACAAUGCAGGGACAUGCUCUGCUCAUGCCAAGGUCAUUGUACUGGAUAGACCCGGCCCCAUCAGGGAUCUCAAGAUAUCCGGUAUCACUAAUGACAGGUGUCAUCUGGCCUGGGAAAUCCCAGAGGAUGAUGGUGGCUGUGAUAUCUACAACUACAUAAUUGAGAAAUGUGAGACCAAGAGGGAAGUCUGGUCUGUUCACUCCAAUGCCGUCAUCACCAACAAAGCAAAGGUAACUCGUCUUAUUGAGGGUAAUGAGUAUAUGUUCAGAGUUAGAGCUGAGAAUAAGAUGGGCUCUGGACCAGCAGUACAGAGUGAAGCCAUUGUUGCUGGAACGCAGUUCAGUGUACCUGGUGCUCCAGAAGCACCAGAGGUCACCAAGAUUGCCAAGGAGGAGAUGACUGUUCAGUGGUCAGAGCCAGAGAAAGAUGGUGGAAAGCCAAUCACAGGAUAUCUGUUGGAGAAGAAAGAGGAACAUGCUGUUAAGUGGUCUCCUGUCAACAAGGAUCCAAUUCCUGGAACUCGUUUCACAGUUACUGGACUCCUUCCACUUCAUGAAUACCAAUACAGAGUGAAGGCGGUGAAUGAAAUUGGCAUCAGCAACCCAAGCAAGGCUUCACGUGCAAUCACUGCUAAGGAUGCAGUUGAGCCUCCUGCACCUCCUACUAACUUGAAGGUUUUGGACAGCACCAAAUCCACAGUCACCUUGGGAUGGACCAAGCCGGUGUCAGAUGGCGGAGCUCCCAUCAUUGGUUAUGUUGUGGAGAUGAGGGCAAAGGGAUCUGUUAAGAAAGGUGAAGAUGGCUGGAAGAGGUGCAACGUGGCAGCUCAGCUGAUCACAUGCGAGUUCACAGUCACAAGUCUGGAUGAGAACCUUGUGUAUGAAUUCAGAGUGUCAGCUCAGAACCAGGUGGGCAUGAGCGUGCCGUGCAAUCUGGAAGGUGCCGUGAUUCCCAGGGAGAUUCUAGAGACACCCGAGAUAGACUUGGAUGCCAACCUGAAACAGGGAUUAACCGUAAGAGCCGGUUGUCCCAUCAGAUUAUGUGCCACCAUCAGAGGCAGACCACCUCCAAAGGUGAUUUGGAGGAGGAUGGGUAUUGACAACGUGGUCAGGAAGGGUAAAGUUGACAUCAUUGACACCAUGACCUUCCUGGUCAUUCCCAACAGCACACGUGAUGAAUCUGGAAAAUACUGCCUGACUCUGCAGAAUCCUGCUGGAGAGAAAGCUGUGUUUGUCAAUGUGAAGGUUCUGGACACUCCUGGACCUGUGAUGAAUCUGGAAGCUACAGACAUCAAACAGACAUCAGCAAUGCUGUCUUGGAGCCCUCCAGAGAACAAUGGUGGCAGUGACGUCACACAUUAUAUUGUUGAGAAGCGUGAGAUUGACCGUAAAACAUGGGCGACUGUCAAGGCUGAAGUAGCACUCGAUAAGAUUCCAUUCAAAGUCAACAAUCUGAUCCCAGGAACAGAAUACUACUUCAGGGUCACAGCUGUCAAUGAGUAUGGUUCUGGGGUUCCCAAAGUGACACCCACUUCUUACCUGGCUUCUGAUCCUGUCAGCAAGCCAGAUCCUUGUCAGAAAAUUGAAGUCCUAGAAAUUACAAAGAACAGCGCUUUGGUCGGGUGGGUGAAGCCUGCAAGGGAUGGUGGUGCCAAGAUUGAUGGUUAUGUAAUUGAGUACAUUGAGGUCAAACCUCCUCCAGAGCCACCAGCAGCUGUGGAGGUUCCUGAAGGAGAGGAAGCUCCUCCACCACCUCCACCACCACCAGUUGUAGAGGAGGAAGAGAAGCCAGAGCCUGAAAAGGAAGUGUGGAACGCUUAUACUACAGUUAAAGGUUUGACAGUCAGCAUCAGUGGACUGAAGGAGGGCAAGAGGUACAAGUUCAGAGUGGCUGCCAAAAACACCAUGGGUCUCAGCUUGUUCACUGAAACCAGAGACCCUGUCGAGAUCAAGGAACAGAUGUUGGAACCAAAGAUUGUCAUGCCAGAGGCAGCAAGUGCUAGAGCUGGAGCCAAGCUUAGAGUGGAGGCAGUGGUUUCAGGAAAACCGACCCCAACCUGCAAGUGGCUGCGUGGCGAAAAAGCCGUGGUUCCAUCCAGCUGCCUGGCUGUGCAUCAGUCAGGCAACUUGUGUGUGUUGAUCAUCAAAGACGUAUCAAGGACUGACACUGGAGAGUAUAGCCUUGUGGCUGAGAACAGCACUGCAAAGGUGACCCAGACCAUGAAGAUUGUCAUCAGAGAUAUACCCGGGCCUCCUGAGGGCCCUGUAGAGAUCAGCGAUAUUGACUCUGAUGCUUGUUCCUUAUCCUGGAAUAAACCUCUGGAGGAUGGAGGGAGCAACAUCACUAACUACGUGGUGGAGAAAUGUGAUGUGAGUAGAGGCGACUGGGUGACUGCUGUCUCUACAUGCCCAAAGACUAAUUGCCGGCUGGGAAAGCUUAUCCCUGGGAAGGAGUAUGUGUUCCGCAUCCGUGCUGAGAACCGCUUUGGCGUAUCAGACCCUGUUCAGUCCGACAGGAUGGUCGCAAAGUUCCCCUUUGAUGUUCCAAGUGAACCCCUUAACUGCCGCAUCAACAAGACCAACAAAGACUGCAUGUUUGUGGCCUGGGAUAAGCCAGAGAGUGAUGGAGGCAGUCCCAUCACGGGUUACUACAUUGAGCGCAAAGAGAGGAACAGUCUGCUGUGGGUGAAGGCCAAUGACACUGUUGUUCGAAGCACUGAGUACCCAUGUGCUGGCCUCAUCGAGGGCCUGGAAUACACCUUCAGAGUAUCAGCUAUUAAUCGCGCUGGCCAGGGCAAACCAAGCAAGAAGACUGACUUUUUCACUGCAAGAACACCCGUUGACACUCCAGGUAAACCUGAAGUCCUGGAUGUAACCAAGAACUCAGUCACUCUGGUUUGGACCCGUCCUAAGAAUGAUGGAGGUAGCAAGAUCAUUGGUUACUAUGUUGAGGCCCUGCGGGUACCAGGAGACACUUGGAUACGCUGCAACACAAGUAGCCAGAAUGUGCCUAAGGAGGAGUACACAGUUACUGGCCUGGAGAGAGACUUGCAGUACCAGUUCAGAGUCAUUGCUAAAACUGCUGUCAACAUGAGCAGUCCCUCAGAACCCACAGACCCUGUCCUCGUGUGUGCUGAAAAUGUUCCUCCAAGGGUGGAGCUCAAUGCCAGGAUGCAGAAGGGUUUGAAGGUGAAGGCUGGAACUACAAUCCUCCUGGAGGCUGAUGUGUUCGGUAAGCCCAUGCCCAGAGUGACCUGGAAGAGAGGUGACGACAAUCUGAAGUCAGGUGAAGGCCAGGUUAUUACCCACCAAAGAAAUCACUUUCAGCUGGAAAUGACAGAUGUCACCAAGGAGCACACAGGAACAUACACCAUCUUGGCUGAGAAUGCCAGUGGUUCCAAGAGUGCUGAGAUCCAGGUCAUUGUGCUAGAUGUACCUGGUCCUCCUGCAAAUUACAAAUGUGUUGAGGUGUUUGCCACUAGCAUCAAGUUGUCUUGGGAACCUCCUCUUAAGGAUGGUGGUGCCCCAGUCACCAACUAUAUUGUGGACAAGCGUGAAACCAGUAGACCUGAAUGGGCUCAGGUUGCAGGUAAAAUCAAGGGUGACAUCCUUGAGUUCACUGUGGCAAAGUUAAUUGAAGGUCGUGAAUACCAGUUCAGAAUCCGCGCUGAGAACACGUGGGGAGUUGGAGACCCUCUUAUCACCGGCCCUGUCAUCGCCAAGAACCCAUUCACUGUCCCUGGCCCCUGUGAAGCCCCAGUGAUCACCAAUGUGACCAAGGACCGUAUGACCGUGAGCUGGAAGGAGCCUGCAGAUGAUGGAAAGUCCACUAUCCUGGGUUACAUGUUGGAAAAGAAAGAGACCAAGGAAAUGAAUUGGACCAAGUUAAAUAGGAAGCCACUGACAGAAAGAAGUCUGGAGGUUACAGGCCUCACAGAGGGAGUCGAGUAUGAGUUUAGAGUUAUUGCUGUCAACGUGGCUGGGCCCAGCAAACCCAGCGAGCCUUCUUCUGGCACUGUUGCACAGAAUCCUAUUACUCCUCCUGGACCUGUUGUGAAUCCCAGUGUGACUGACACCACCCACAGCACCAUCAGUCUUGCCUGGACUGCCCCCACCAACAAUGGUGGAAGCCCCAUUAUUGGAUACUUGGUGGAGUGCAAGAGGACAGACACCAAAGACUGGAUCCGCUGUAAUGUCCCAAGGAACCUGCAGGAGACCCACUAUGUCAUUCAAAACCUCAUUCAUAAGUCAGAAUACCAGUGCCGCAUCACUGCUGUCAACAAGAUUGGCUUUAGUGAACCAGUUGAAGUCCCUGGGAAACAUGUUGCCAAGGACAUCGUUGUUGCUCCUGAGGCAGAACUGAGUGCAGAGCUGAAGGAUGGUCUGGAGCUACGUGCUGGUGCCACCAUGAGACUGCAUGCCACCAUCAAGGGUCGUCCCACUCCCAAGAUAACUUGGGCAAAGAUGAACACUAACAUUAAAGACCGUCAGGGCAUCAUCAUCAAAUCCACCCAUGUUGACACCAUGGUGAUAGUGGAGAAAGUGAACAGAUAUGAUGCUGGCAAAUACAUUCUGAGCUUGGACAGCUUAGCUGGCAUGAAGAUGUACACCAUCGUUGUCAAGGUUUUUGACACUCCUGGACCACCAGUUAAUCUAAUGGUGAAGGACACAUGUAAGGACAGUGCCUCCAUCUACUGGGAUGCUCCUCUGAUUGACGGUGGCUUUGAAAUUACCCACUACAUAGUACAGAAGCGUGACACUGAGAGGAAGGCUUGGUCUACCGUUUCCACCAACUGCAACAAGACAUCAUUCAAGGUUCCAGACCUAGAUGCUGGGCGGUCCUACUGCUUCAGAGUGGCAGCAGUUAACCAGCUGGGUACUGGAGAGUUCUGUGAGACUGAUGAUUCAGUCAGAGCAACAGAGGAGCCUGGGCCUGUUAUGGACUUCAAGACCCUGCUGGUUACCAAGGAUUCUUGCACUUUAAGCUGGAAGAAACCCCUCACUGAUGGUGGUAGUCGCAUCAUCUGUUAUGUACUUGAGGUUCUCAAUGGUGAGGAUAAAUACAAGGAGCUAAUGAGGUCUAAGAAUAUGCAGUACAGUGCCAAGGACCUGGUGGAGGAUAGAGAGUAUACCUACAGAGUCAAAGCUGUGAAUGACACAGGAGAGAGUGCUCCCAAGGAGCUGAAAGUGGUUGCCAAGGACCAGAUCAUUCUUCCCAGUUGUGACUUGAGGGAGUUGCCCAACAUGUGCUACAUUGCCAAGGAAGGCAGUACCGUCCGCCUGAAGAUCCCAAUUAUUGGCAAGCCUACACCCAAGGUAACCUGGAAGAAGGGAGAUGAUGAAGACCUGACAGACACCGGCCGAGUGUGUGCCGAGUCUUCAGCAGUUAACACCACCCUCCUCAUCAGGGACUGCCAAAGGACUGAUGCUUCCAAAUACACCAUCACCCUGAGAAACAGUGCUGGAAGCAAAGAGUCCACCAUCUUUGUCAGGGUGGUGGGUAAACCUGGCAUUCCUGGAGGACCAGUAAAGUUCAAGGAUGUUGCUGCUGAUGGUGCCACACUAAAGUGGGGUCCUCCCAAGGAUGAUGGUGGCUCUGAAAUUACCAACUAUAUCCUGGAAAAGAGGGACUCCAUCACAAACAUGUGGGUGACUGUGUCCUCUGUUGUGGAGACCAACACCAUGAGAGUAACUGGUCUUCAUGAGGGCACAGAAUACAUCUUCAGAGUAUGUGCCGAAAACAAGUAUGGGGUCGGCGAAGGACUCAAAUCUGAGCCCAUUGUAGCCAAACAUCCAUUCAAUGUUCCUGAUGCUCCUGCUCCUCCUCAGAUUAUGAGCAUGCGCCAUGAUUCAGCUUAUCUUGCCUGGACUGAUCCAAGGAAGACUGGAGGAUCUCCUAUUACAGGCUAUCAUGUUGAGUUCAAGGAGAGAAACAGUAUGUUGUGGAAGAGGGCAAGCCCAGCUGCCUUGAAGAUGAAAGAACAUAAAGUUACUGGGCUGACUGAAGGUCUGGAGUAUGAGUUCAGAGUGAUGGCAAUUAAUUUGGCUGGAAUUGGUAGACCAAGUGCCCCCACUGAUCCACAGGUGGCCCUGGACCCCAUUGAUGCACCUGGUAAACCAGAUGUAAUCAGCAUUACAAGGAGCACUGUGACCCUCCAGUGGACUGAACCUCAGUUUGAUGGUGGCCACCGACUGACGGGCUACAUUAUUGAGAAAAGAGACCUGCCUUCUAAAAUCUGGGUAAAGGCAAACAAUGUGAAUGUUGUGGAACCUGCAUUCACUGUCACCAAUUUGCAAGAGGGCUGCAAAUACGAGUUCAGAAUUCGGGCAAAGAAUGCUGCGGGCGCUCUCAGUCCACCCUCUGAGCAGACAGAUACCAUUAUCUGCAGAGAUGAAUAUGCUGCACCAACCAUUAUAAUUGAUGCUCAGGUGAUGGAAGGCUUGACUGUCCGAGCUGGCGAUACUAUCGUUAUCACUGCCACAAGCAUUUUAGGGAAACCUGCACCAACCUCCUGCUGGUCAAAGGGAGGAAAGUACUUUAAACCCUCAGAUCUUGUUCAAAUUGAGACCACUGCCACAUCCUCCACUUUGUCGGUCAAAUAUGCUAGCAGGAAGGACUCUGGAGACUACAUAAUCACUGCCAGCAAUCCCUUUGGUGUAAAGGAAGAAACAGUGAAGGUCAAAGUUCUGGAUGUUCCUGGUGCUCCUGGACCCAUUGAAUGCAGUGGUGUAUCCUCAGAAAAAGUGACUCUUACAUGGACAGCUCCUACUGAAGACGGAGGAUCUCCUAUCAAGUAUUACACCCUGGAGAAGAGGGAGACCAGCCGUUUGCUCUGGACUAUCCUGGAAGAUAACAUUAUUGAUUGUCACUAUGUGGCCAACAAACUCAUCCAGGGCAAUGAAUACUUCUUCAGAGUCUCUGCUGUUAACCAGUAUGGUGCCAGUGAGCCAUCUCACUCUGAGGCAGUUAAAAUGGUAGAUAGAUUUGGUCCACCUGGUCCACCUUCCAAACCAGAGGUUGAAAAAGUUGAUGGACAUUCAGCCACUGUUACCUGGAGAAGACCAACUGAAGAUGGAGGAAGCGACAUCAUAGGUUAUUGUGUUGAAAAGAAAGAGAAAAAAGGCAUGAGAUGGGUCAGAGCAUCCAAGAAAUCCAUCACUGAACUCAGCUUUGAAGUCACAGGUCUCACUGAGGAUGUGGAGUAUGAGUUCCGUGUUCUUGCUGAGAACAGAGCUGGGUUUGGCGAGCCAAGUGAACCAUCUAUGGUUGUCAGGACAAUAGUUGUUGCCUAUCCACCUGGACCUCCAGUCAAUCCAAGAGUUACAGACACAACCAAAACCACUGCCACUCUGAACUGGGGAAAACCUCUUCAUAACGGUGGACUGGAAGUUACUGGAUAUGUCAUUGAGCACAAAAAAGAAGGAACAGAAGAAUGGGUUAAGGAUACCCCAUCGUCUCUACUUAGGAUCACAGAAUUUGUUGUUCCUGAACUAGACACUGGUGCAAAAUACUGCUUCAGAAUUAGUGCUGUGAAUGCUAAAGGAGUGGGAGAACCUGCCGAAACUAAGGAAUUCACUGAGAUUGUGGAGCAUGCAGCUGAACCUGCAAUGGAGCUUGAUGUUGAGCUCAGAAGAACUCUUGUUGUUAGAGCUGGCUGCUCCAUUCGCCUUUUUGUGCCAAUCAAGGGACGUCCUACACCUACUGUCACCUGGACCAAGGAAGGCGGACCUGUUCCACGUGCAGUCAUUGACAGCACUGAAUCAUUUACGAUGCUGAUCAUUCCCGAGAGUUCAAGAAUUGAUGCAGGCAAAUAUGAGCUUACCCUCGAAAACUCAGCUGGAAAGAAGAGUGCUGACAUACACGUGAGAGUUCUGGAUUCACCUGGGCCUCCGCUUAACCUAAAACCAAUCAAGAUUGACAAAGAAAGCAUUACGCUUCAGUGGGAAAUGCCUCUCAUUGAUGGUGGUGCAAAGAUCACAAACUAUAUCAUUGAGAAAAGAGAAUCAACACGCAAGGCUUUUGCUACUGUUGUUACAAAGUGCCCAACUACUUCAGUCAGAAUUUGUGACCUGGGUGAAGGUUGUGAGUACUAUUUCAGAGUGUCUGCUGAGAAUGAGUAUGGUAUCGGUGAGGCGGUUGAAACUUCUGAUCCAAUUCGUGCAUCCCAGACACCAAGCUCUCCAGAGAGCAUUAUUCCUACUGAUAUCACCAAGAACUCUAUCAGCCUGGCUUGGACCAAACCUAAACAUGACGGUGGAAGCAGAAUUACAGGAUAUGUCCUGGAAGCCCAGAAGAAGGGAACUGAUCAGUGGGCUCAUAUUACAACGGUCAAGAACAUGGAUUUCACUGUGAAGAAUCUCAAUGAGAAUGAGGAGUACAUUUUCCGUGUAAUGGCUGUCAAUCACUCAGGUAGAAGUAUUCCAAAGGAGAGCAAACCCAUUGUUGUCAAGGAUUCUACUUCUUUGCCUGAGUUUGACCUACGUGGAGUUUGUCACAAGACUGUUAUUGCCAAGGCAGGAGAUGAUAUCAAGGUUGAAAUUCCAGUUAUGGGACGUCCUAGACCAACUGUCUCUUGGCAGAAGGAUGGCGCAGCCCUGAAACUCACACAGAGGACCAAUGUAGAAACUACUGCUGCUACGGUCAUUAUCAGCAUCAGUGAGUGCACCAGAGCUGACAGUGGUGUAUACACCAUGACAGGAAAGAACAUUGUUGGAUCUGUGACAGACAGUAUCACUCUGAAAGUUCAUGAUGUACCUGGUCCACCCAAAGGACCCGUUAAGAUUGUGGAAAUAUCUCGUACUUAUUGCAUCUUUUCAUGGGAAGCUCCUGAGAAUGAUGGAGGGGUUCCCAUCAACAACUAUGUCAUUGAAAUACGAGACACCACUUCUCAAACAUGGACUGAGUUGUCGUCUACUGUCAUCCGCACAAUGUUUAAAGCCAUCCGGUUAAAUACUGGAUCAGAGUAUCAGUUCAGAAUAAAGGCUAAGAACAGAUAUGGUGUUGGACCUCCUAUUACUUCAGAGACAGUGGUGGCUGCCUAUCCAUUCAAAGUCCCUGGUCCUCCAGGUACUCCUAACGUUGUUGCAUUUACCAAAAACUCAAUAACAGUUGGCUGGAAUGAGCCUGUGUCUGAUGGUGGAAAUGAAGUCAUUGGCUACCAUGUUGAGAGGAAAGAAAGAACUGGCAUAAUGUGGUAUAGGAUUAGCAAGGGUCUUGUGAAAGGAAAUAUCUUUAAAUCCUCUGGACUUGAAGAUGGAGUUGCUUAUGAGUUUCGCGUCAUGGCUGAAAACAUGGCUGGAAUUGGUAAACCCAGCAAGGCCUCAGAACCAAUAUUGGCCUUGGACCCUGUUGACCCACCAGGUCAGCCUGUGCCAAUAUCUGUCAACAAGAAUGCCAUUACUAUUCAGUGGACAAAGCCUGAGUAUGAUGGUGGGUUCAAAAUCACCGGCUACAUUGUGGAGAAGAGAGAACUGCCUGCUGGUCGCUGGAUGAGAGCCAACUUUACCAACAUAAUUGAAACAACGUUCACUGUUAGUGGACUGACUCAAGAUGCCUCAUAUGAGUUCCGUAUCAUAGCCAGAAACUCAGCAGGUGCAGUGAGCAUACCUUCUGAGCCUUCAGAUCCUAUUAUCUGCAAAGAUGACAUUAUUGAACCACGCAUUAUGGUAGAUGCCAUCUUUAGGGAUGUUGUUCUACUAAAGGCAGGAGAGUCAUUCAAGCUUGAAGCUGAUAUUGCUGGUCAACCAACACCAUCUAUGGUUUGGACCAAGAAUGGAAAGGAGGUUGAGAAUACAAUGAAACUGGAAGUUAGGUUCACUGAACUGACAACUACUCUAACCAACAAGGACUCUAUAAGGCCAGAUGGAGGUGAAUUCAUUUUGACUGCCACUAAUGUUGGUGGAUUUGCAAAGCACAUUUUUAAUGUUAAAGUGCUUGACAGACCAGGACCACCAGUUGGACCUCUUAAGGUGACUGAUGUCACAGCUGAGAACUGUGCACUCUCCUGGGCUCCACCUGCAGAUGAUGGUGGUUCCAAGAUUGAAGGAUAUGUGAUUGAGAAGCGUGAAUCAAGCAGACUGGUUUGGACCAGUGUUGUUUCAGACCUCCAAGAUACGCAAUACAAGGUUACUAAGCUGCUCAAAGGAAACGAAUACAUUUUCAGAGUAAUGGCAGUGAACAAAUAUGGAAUUGGUGAGUCGCUUGAAUCACAACCCACUAUUGCAGACAACCCAUAUGUGAUUCCAGAUCCUCCUGAGAAUGCUGAGGUGACAGCUAUCACUAAAGAUUCAAUGGUUGUCAUGUGGCAAGCACCUAAGAGUGAUGGUGGAACUCCCAUCACCACCUACCAUAUUGAAAGAAAAGAUAGAAUGGGCCUCCGUUGGGUCAAAUGUAACAAGAGGAAAGUCAAAGAUCUGCAGUUCAAGGCAACAGGUCUUGUUGUUGGACAUGAAUAUGAAUUCAGAAUUAUUGCUGAGAAUGCUGCUGGAUUGAGUAUACCAAGUGUGUCUAGUCCAUUCUACAAGGCCACUGAUGGACUAUACAAGCCUGGAGCUCCAUGCAACCCCAGAAUCUUGGAUACAACCAAGUCUUCAAUUACUGUUGCUUGGAACAAACCUGCAUUUGAUGGUGGCUGUGAAAUUAUGGGCUACAUUGUAGAGACAUGCAUCCCAUCUGAAAAGAAGGAAGAAGAGGAAUGGACCAUUGUGACACCCAAGGAAGGUCUUCUUGCUACCUCAUUCACCAUUGUUAACCUGAAGGAGAAUCAAGAGUACAAGAUUCACAUCUCUGCUGUCAAUAGUGAAGGAAUUGGAGAGGCAGCAUCUGUACCUGGUAAUCCAAAGGCAGAGGACAGGCUUCUCCCUCCUGAGAUUGAUUUGGAUGCCGAACUUCGGUCAGUUGUCAGGCUUAGAGCUUGCUGUUCACUUAGACUGUUUGUGCCUAUCAGAGGCAGACCACCCCCUCAGGUAAAAUGGACCAAAGGAGACGGGGAGCCAGUUGAGAGGGCAAUCAUUGACAGCACAACAUCAUACACAUCACUGAUAAUUGAAAAUGUCAACCGAUUUGACAGUGGAAAGUAUAAUCUUACUGUUGAGAACAGCUCUGGCUCCAAGACAGUUACAGUACAAGUCAGAGUGCUUGAUACACCAAGUGCCCCACAGAAUCUGAAGAUUACUGCUGUGACAAAGGAUGCUGUGACUCUGACUUGGGAUCCACCAGUGAAUGAUGGUGGAGUUAAGAUUAAGAAUUAUGUUGUUGAAAAACGCGAGUCUACAAGAAAAGCAUAUGCCACAGUCAAUGCUCUCUGCUAUCAAACCACCUUCACUGUUUACCAGCUCCUGGAAGGAUGCAACUAUUACUUUAGAGUUUUAGCGGAGAAUGAGUAUGGCAUCGGCUUGCCCAUUGAGACUGGUGAAUCAGUUAAGGUGUCAGAGAAACCACAGCCUCCUGGCAAAAUCACUCUUAAGGAUGUUACCAAAAACAGUGUCACUCUCUCCUGGGAGAAGCCAGAGCAUGAUGGUGGCAGUAGAGUGGGCUGUUAUGUUGUUGAGAUCCUGCCUAAGGGUGCUGACAAGUGGACCCAAGCACUGAUUGCAAAAGAAACAGAAGCUACUAUUAGUGGACUAAAUGCAGGUGAAGAAUAUAUGUUCCGUGUUGCUGCAAGAAAUGAAAAAGGAACAAGUGAUCCACGUCAGAUUGGAGUUCCUGUGAUUGUAAAAGACCUUGUUAUUGCACCUGCUGUCAAAAUGUUGUUCAACACAUUUACUGUGUUGGCAGGAGAAGACUUGACAGUGGAGGUUCCUUAUAUUGCACGCCCCAAAGCAACAGUUUCAUGGGUAAAGGAUGGUCUCCCUCUUAAGAGAACUAGCAGAGUAAACUUUGGUGCAACAGACACAAUGCUGAAUCUCACUAUAAAAGAAGCUACUAAAGAUGAUGUUGGACACUACAUUAUUACUCUUACCAACACAGCAGGAGAGACAAAAGCAGAUAUUGGCAUUGUUGUUCUUGACAAACCUGGCCAACCAGGUGGUCCAGUUAAGGUAGAGGAGGUCACUUCUGACAGUGUAACCAUUUCCUGGAAUCCACCAGAGUAUGAUGGUGGUUGCACCAUCAAAAACUAUAUUGUGGAAAAGAGAGACACAUCUACGACUACCUGGAUGGUUGUAUCUUCCAACCUAGCAAGGACCAAAAUUAAGGCAGGCAGGCUGAAAACAGGUUCUGAGUAUCAGUUUAGAAUUACUCCAGAAAACAGAUAUGGAAAAGGCCCAGCUCUUCUAUCAGCAUGCAUUUUGGCUCAAUAUCCAUAUAAACUCCCAGGCCCUCCAGGUACACCAUCCAUUGCAGUCUGCACCAAAGAUAGCAUGGUGGUCACCUGGAAUGAACCUGUCAUCGAUGGUGGAAGUUCUAUCUUGGGCUACCACCUUGAACGUAAAGAGAGGAACAGCAUCCUUUGGGUCAAACUAAACAAAUCUCUUAUUACAGACCAAACCUUUAAGACCACUGGCCUAGAACCAGGAAUGGAGUAUGAAUACAGAGUGUAUGCUGAAAACAUAGUUGGAAUAGGCAAAGCAAGUAAAGUGUCGGAGGGCUAUAUUGCUAGAGAUCCUUGUGAUCCACCUGGCACCCCAGAGGCAAUAAAGAUUACUAAGGACUCAGUGACUAUUGUUUGGACUAAACCUGAGUAUGAUGGUGGUGCAAAGGUUACAGGCUACAUUGUGGAAAAGAAGGAGCUUCCAGAGGGUCGUUGGUUGAAGGCUAAUUUUACUAAUGUAAUUGAGACAGAAUAUUUAGCAAGUGGACUUGUGGAGGGCAAUCAAUAUGAGUUCCGUGUUGUUGCCAGAAAUGCUGCUGGUGUUUUCAGUAUUCCUUCUUACAGCACUGGUCCAAUUACUGCCAGAGAUGAGAUUGAGCCACCGCGCAUAAGCAUUGACCCAGAGUAUACACAGAAUAUUGUGGUCACUGCUGGCGACAACUUCAAAAUUGAUGCAGAUGUUCACGGAAAACCACUGCCCUCUAUCCACUGGAUGAAGGGAGAGCAGGAACUAGGCAACACAAUUCACAGGGAAAUCAAGAACACACCCACCAAAGCUUUUAUAUCUGUCAAAGAAGCUAAACUGUCUGAUGGAGGGCAAUACCUUUUGCUGCUGAAAAAUCCUGGAGGAGAAAAGACUGUACAGGUCAAUGUUGUUGUUCUAGAUAAACCUGGAGAACCACAAGGGCCUCUUGUUGUCACAGGAAUAACCAAAGACAGAUGCUGCCUUGCAUGGAAACCACCAUUGCAGGAUGGUGGCAGCAAGAUCUGUCACUAUAUUGUGGAGAGAAGAGAGACAAGCAGACUAAUCUGGACUGUAGUUGAACAAAAAGUGGAGAACAUUUGUCUAAAAGUUACUAAGCUCCUGGAGGGAAAUGAGUACAUCUUCAGAGUCCGUGCUGUCAACCAAUAUGGAGUAGGCGCACCACUUGAAUCUCCUCCUGUCAUAAUCAAGGAUCCAUACAUGCUACCUGGAUCACCCAAGAACUUAGAAGUUUCAAAUAUUAAAAAGGACUCAAUGGUGCUUACCUGGGAGGCUCCUUCUGAAGAUGGUGGAAGUCCUGUAACUGGAUACAUAAUUGAGAAGCAUGACAAAGAAGGCGUAAGAUGGACUAGGUGCAAUAGACAAACAGUCACUGAUUUGAGUUUUAAGGUCAAAGGACUUUUGGAAAGCCACAAUUAUGAAUUCAGAGUUGCAGCUGAGAAUUCUGUUGGUGUUGGUGAGCCAAGCUCCCCAACUGUUUUCUACAAAGCUCUUGAUCCUAUCUUUAGGCCUGGCCCACCACAUAACCCAAGAGUUACAGACACUACAAGAACAUCAGUAUUCCUGUCAUGGGGAAAACCCAUUUCUGAUGGAGGUUGUGAGAUUCAGGGAUACAUUGUUGAGUGCUGCUCUACUACUGCUGAAGCACCUGCUGCUGAAGGAGCUGCCACAGACACAGUUGUUGAAGAAUGGAUAAUGUGCACACCAGCUACAGGUGUUAAGAAGACUAAGUUUGAAGUUGUAAAUCUGAAAGAAAACCAGGCAUACAAGUUUAGAGUAUGUGCAAUCAACAAAGUAGGAGUUGGUGAGCAUGCUGAUGUCGCUGGAAUUGUUGUUGCUAAGGACAGAGCAGAUGAGCCAGACCUUGACAUUGACCCAGAACUAAGAAAAAUUGUUACCAUUAAAGCUGGUGCAUCCCUAAGACUCUUCAUUCCUAUCAAAGGCAGGCCCACACCUACUAUAAAGUGGGACAAAGAUGAAGCUUCCCUUAAAGAGACUGCUCAGGUUGAGAUAACCAGCAGUUAUACAUUGCUUGUGAUUGAUAAAAUGAGCAGAAAUGACAGUGGAAAAUACACAGUCUCUGCAGAGAAUUCCAGUGGAACCAAAUCUGCAUUUGUUGUUGUCCGUGUCCUUGACACACCUAGUGCUCCUGUUAAUCUUAAAGUGAAAGAAAUUACAAACCAGUCAGUAACAUUGGAAUGGGAACCACCUCUGUUGGAUGGCGGAUCCAAGAUCAAAAACUACAUUGUUGAAAAAAGAGAAAGCACACGCAAAACAUUUGCAGCUGUUGUCACAAAUUGUCAUGCUCUUUCAUGGCAGAUCGAACCACUCCAGGAGGGCUGCAGUUACUACUUCCGUGUACUUGCAGAGAAUGCUUAUGGUGUUGGUCUGCCUGCAGCAACUGUUGAUCCUCUUAAGGUCUCAGAAGUGCCCCAGGCUCCAAAGAGUUUAAUUGUUACAGAUCAGACAAAAACAAGCAUCUCUGUGGCCUGGGAGAGGCCAGAGUAUGAUGGUGGUAGCAGGGUCAUGCAGUACUUGCUUGAGGUGCAGCUGAAGGGUCAAGAGAAAUGGUCUGCUGUAAACACUUUUAAGACAAUGGAAGCAACAGUCCCCAAUUUGAACCCAGGAGAGGAGUAUCUUUUCAGAGUUACAGCUGUCAACGAUAAAGGGAAGAGUGACCCCAAAGUCCUUUCCGGGCCAGUGAUGACCAAAAACUUGGUCUUUGAGCCAGAUGUCCGUCCAGAAUUCAGCAGCUACAGUGUUCAUGUGGGCAAAGACAUUAACAUUGACAUUCCUAUCUUUGGACGUCCUAAACCUACCAUCACAUGGACUAAAGAUGGCGCCCCCUUGAAGUUUACUACAAGAGUCCAUAUUGUCAAUACACCAACACAUACAACACUAAGCAUAAAAGAGGCAGCAGGCGAUGAUGGUGGUAUGUACAGCAUAAAUGUUGCCAACUCAGCUGGAAAGAAGGACACAACAAUUGAAGUCAUUGUACUUGACAAACCUGGCCCUCCAUGUGGCCCUGUGAGAUUCGAUGAAAUCACAACACAGAGUGUCACUAUAUCAUGGGACCCACCAAAACACAAUGGUGGAUGCCAAAUUUCAAACUACGUUGUACAGAAAAGAGAUACGACUACUACAACAUGGGAGAAUGUUAGUAUCAACUGGGCCAGAACCACCAUAAAAGUAUCUAGACUAAAGACUGGAGCUGAGUACCAGUUCAGGAUCAUUGCCCAGAACCGUUAUGGUAAAAGCCAUGGUCUGGAUUCAUCUGCUGUAGUUGCUCAGUACCCAUACAGAGAGCCAGGCCCUCCAGGCACUCCUUUCAUCUCUUCUCUCUCUAGGGAUCACCAAAUUGUUGAGUGGCAUGAACCUGUCACAGAUGGAGGCAGUCCUGUUCUUGGCUACCAUCUUGAAAGGAAAGAGAGGAAUAGUAUUCUCUGGGUCAAGAUCAACAAGACUCUCAUCCACGAGACAAGUUUCAAGAGUUACCCCUUGGAGGAGGGUGUUGAAUAUGAAUACAGGGUUUAUGCUGAAAAUAUUGUUGGAAUUGGAAGGAGCAGCAAAGUCUCAGAGGGAUGUGUUGCCCGUGAUCCAUGUGAUCCUCCUGGAAUACCAGAGGCCAUCCAUGUGACCAAAGACACCAUUGUCAUUCAGUGGACUAAACCAGAAUAUGAUGGUGGAAGCAAUAUCACUGGCUAUAUUGUGGAAAAGCGUGAUCUGCCCGAGGGCAGGUGGGUAAAGGCAAAUUUUACGAAUGUGAUUGAGACCCAGUUUACAGUGACUGGUCUGACUGAAAAUGCACAGUAUGACUUUAGAGUCAUUGCUAAAAAUGCUGUUGGCACUGUCAGCAAACCAUCAUAUAACAGUGGACCUAUAACUGCAAGUGAUGCUGUGGAGGCACCCAAAUUCUCCAUUGAUCCUACAUUCACUAAGACCAUUAUUGUCAAUGCUGGAGAGACAUUCAAGCUAGAUGCUGAUGUACGUGGCAAGCCGCUGCCAACAAUCCAGUGGUUCAAAGAUGACAAACCAGUUGAAAACACACUUCGACUAGAGAUCAGAAACACAGAAAACCAUGCAAUGAUUGUCAUUAAAGACUCCAUUAGAGUUGAUGGUGGAACUUAUACACUCCAGCUGACAAAUGAAGCCGGCAGUGAGACUGUUCCAUUUAAGGUUUUGGUACUGGAUAAACCUAGCCCGUGUGAAGGACCACUCCACGUCACUGGAGUCGCUGAAGAUAGAUGCACACUGGUAUGGCACCCCCCUCUACAUGAUGGAGGUAGUCCCAUUACACAUUACAUCAUUGAAAGAAGGGAGACAAGUCGUCUAGCUUGGACUGUUGUUUCUAGCAACUGUGGCACCACAUGCUACAAAGUUACCAAAUUAUUGGAAGGUGAUGAGUAUAUGUUCCGUGUAAUGGCAGUUAAUAGUCAUGGUGUAAGUGAGCCACUGGAGUCUGGUGCAGUAAUAAUGAAAACUCCAUUUGUUCUUCCUGGUCCACCUCACAUUGAGGAUGUAUCUAACAUUGCCCAUGAUGGUAUGACCAUCUCUUGGUCUGCCCCUGAGACUGAUGGUGGCAGUGAAAUUACAAAUUACAUAAUUGAGAAAAAGGAUAGAACCGGUAUCAAAUGGACCAGAUGCAACAGACAGAAGGUCACUGAUCUGUCAUUUAGAGUUACAGGCCUGACCACAGGCCAUGAGUAUGAAUUCAGAGUGGCUGCUGAGAACAUAGUUGGAGUGGGAGAGCCAAGCCUUGCAAGUUCAUACUACAAGGCCUGUGAUCCCAAGUACAAACCUGGAGCCCCAGGAUAUGUGCAUGUGAUUGACUCAACAAAGACUUCUAUUACUGUGUCAUGGGGUAAGCCUCUGUCUGAUGGUGGCAGUGUCAUUCAAGGAUAUAUUGUUGAAGUCUGCAAGGCUGAAGAGGAAGAAUGGAUCAUGGUCACUCCUCCAACUGGCCUGCGUGUCAACAAAUAUGAAAUUACAAAGCUUACUGAGGGUCAGGAGUAUAAGAUCCAAGUGUGUGCUCUGAACAAAUUGGGAGUUGGUGAGCCGGCAGUUCUCUCUGGAACAGCUAAGCCUGAAGAAAGGGUCGAACCACCUGAGAUCCACCUUGACUCUGAGCUGAGGAAGGGCAUUGUACUGAAAGCAGGCGGCUCUGUUAGAAUCAAUAUUCCAUUUAAGGGCAGACCAACACCUGAGAUAAAGUGGACUAAGGAUGACGGGAACCUGACUGAAAAACCAGUGGUCGAGAAAGCUCAUAAUUUCACACAGUUGUCUAUUGACUCAUGUGACAGAAGUGACUCAGGAAAAUACACCCUCACACUGACUAACAGCAGUGGCACCGUGUCUGAGUUUGUUUCAGUUAAAAUUCUGGAUGCCCCUGGGGCCCCACAGAACCUUGUUGUUAAAGAAAUCAGAAAGGACUCUAUCACUCUUGCUUGGGAUGCUCCAUUGAUUGAUGGAGGUGCCAAAAUCAAGAACUAUGUCAUUGACAAACGUGAAUCAACAAGAAAGGCAUAUGCAAAUGUGUCCACAAAAUGCACCAAAACAACAUUCAAAGUUGAGAACUUGAUUGAAGGUGCUAUGUACUACUUUAGAGUCAUGGCUGAGAAUGAAUAUGGAAUUGGGCCGGCUGUGGAAACAAAGACUGCCUCCAAGGCCUCUGAAGUACCACUGCCUGUUGGAAAGGUCUUCCUCACUGAUGUCACUAAGUCCAGUGUCUCACUGGCCUGGGAGAAACCUGAGCAGGAUGGAGGGAGCAGAAUUGCUGGCUAUCUAAUUGAGAUGCAACCUAAGGGUACAGAUAAGUGGGGAGUUGCAACAAAUACAAAAACAUGUGAAGGUACUGUCACAGGCCUUACAGCUGGAACAGAAUACCUAUUCCGCAUCAUUGCUUACAAUGAAAAGGGAAAGAGUGAGCCAAAAGCACUUGCUGCACCUGUGAUUGCCACUGACAUGACCAUGGAGCCCAGCAUCAAAAUUCCAUUCAACACUUACAGUGUAUUAGCUGGAAAGGAUCUAAAGUUAGAGUUUCCUGUUCUUGGCAAGCCAAAACCUAAAAUCACCUGGGCCAAGGAUGGUCAGCCUUUGAAGGUGACAUCAAGAAUGAAUAUAAUAUCCACUUCAGCAACAACAGGAAUAGAAAUUACUGAGGCAUCCAAGGAGGACUUUGGCAAAUACACAAUUACAGCAGCCAACACAACUGGAACAAUUGCAGAGGAUGUAUCUGUCAUUAUCCUCGACAAGCCUGGUCCACCAAAAGGGCCAGUCAAGAUUGUUGAAGUGAGCAACACCUUUGUCCAUCUCUCCUGGGACCCCCCAGAGUACACUGGUGGAUGCCAAGUAAAGAAUUACAUAGUGGAAAAGAGAGACACAACCAGUACAACAUGGCAAACAGUCACCACUCAGCUAGCUAGAACAGCUUUUAAGGUCAGCAAGCUGAAGACAGGUUCAGAAUAUCAGUUCAGAAUCAUAGCUGAAAAUAGAUAUGGAAAGGGUGUGCCUCUGGAUUCCAAGGCCAUUGUGGUGCAAUAUCCAUUCAAACCACCGGGUCCUCCAGGAACACCACAUGUGAAAUCUGCAACUAAAGAAAUGAUGAUCAUUGAAUGGAAUGAGCCAGUCAAUGAUGGUGGAAGUGCAGUUAUUGGCUACCAUUUGGAAAGCAAGGAAAGAAGCAGCAUUCUAUGGAACAAACUGAACAAGACUCUCAUCACGGACACCCAAUUCAAGAUCAUUAACCUCGAGGAGGGUAUUGGAUAUGAAUUUAGAGUUUAUGCUGAAAAUAUUGUUGGCAUUGGCCGAUGCAGUAAAGUAUCCGAGUCCUUUGUUGCUCGUGACCCAUGUGAUCCUCCUGGUACCCCAGAAGCUGUAUCUAUUUCUAAGAACCAGAUCAGGAUUCAGUGGACUAAGCCUCAGUAUGAUGGUGGUAGCAAAGUGAAUGGAUAUAUUGUGGAAAGGAAAGACCUCGCCUCUCCUGAUGGACGCUGGGUAAGAGCUAACUUUACCAAUAUAGUUGAGACUGAAUACACUGUCACUGGUCUGACAGAAAAUGAGCAAUAUGAAUUUAGAGUUAUUGCAAGAAAUGCAGCUGGCAUCUUUAGCGAGCCAUCUGACAGCUCUGGACCUAUUACUGCUACUGAUGAAAUUGAACCACCAAGGGCCUCAAUGGAUCCUAAAUACAAAGAUGUUAUUGUUGUAAAUGCUGGAGAAAAUCUGCUUCUGGAUGCAGACAUCUAUGGAAAACCAAUUCCUGAGGUGCUCUGGCUAAAAGAGGGCAAGGAAAUGGACAAAGCCUUGCGCACUGAAGUGAAAACUACACAGAAACGUGCAGCAAUGACGAUUAAGGAUGUAACCAAGCUUGAUAGUGGCCACUAUGACCUCAUCCUCAAAAAUCUGGGUGGUACAAAAGUGUUCCCUAUCACAGUUAAAGUCCUUGAUAAACCAGGUCCACCCACUGGACCCAUGAAGGUUACUGGAGUCAUGGCCGACAGGUGCAUUCUUGCCUGGUCUGAGCCAGCUCUAGAUGGCGGAGCCAGUAUCACCCACUAUGUGCUGGAGAAGAGAGAGACUAGCAGGUUGUCCUGGACAGUGGCUGCAUCAGGCAUCAAGGGACUGUACCAUAAAGUAACAAAUUUGCUUCCUGGAGAUGAAUACAUUUUCAGAGUCAGAGCAGUGAACAAAUAUGGCAUUGGUGACUAUCUGGAAAGUGAACCAAUCAUUGCACGCAAUCCUUACAAGCCUCCUAGUGCUCCUGGAUCUCCAGAAGCCAGUCUGAUCACAAAGGACUCUAUAGUUUUGUCAUGGACAGCUCCUGAACAGACUGGUGGAGCUGAAAUUGAAGGCUACCAUCUUGAAAAACGUGACAAAGACAGUGUACGGUGGACAAAAUGCAACAGACAAAAGCUUACAGACACUCACUUUAAAGUCACAGGUCUGAUCACAGAUCACUUCUAUGAGUUCCGUGUUGCUGCUGAGAAUGAGGUUGGAAUGGGAGAUUUCAGUGAGCUGUCCCUGUUCUACAGGGCAUGUGAUGCCAUAACACCACCUGGGCCUCCGCACCACCCUAAAGUAACAGACUACACAAAGUCCUCUGUCUCUCUGUCUUGGGGCAAACCUGACUUUGAUGGCGGUGCUUAUAUCAAGGGAUACAUUGUUGAAAUGAGGGAGUAUACGCCGGUACCUGAGUCAACAGAGGAGGCAGAGAUAGCACCAGCAGUGGAAGCACCAGUUGAAAAAGAAUGGACAAUGUUCACUCCACCCAGUGGCAUUCAAGCCACCAAAUUAACUAUAACAGACUUGAAGGAGGGUGGAGAGUACCAGUUCCGUGUCUAUGCAAUAAAUUCAGAAGGAGUGGGGGAGGCUGCUAAUGUCCAUGGCACAGUGGUUACUUCUGACAGGGCAGAAGCACCAGAGAUAGAACUUGAUGCUGAACUCAGAAAGGUUCUAUCUGUCCGUGCUGGUGGAACUCUACGCCUCUUUGUCACCAUCAGAGGAAGACCUGAGCCUGCUGUAAAAUGGGAGAAAGUUGAUGGUACCCUUACAGAGCGUGCUGUAAUUGAUACUACUAGCUCAUACACCAUGCUUGUCAUUGACAAUGUUAAUCGCUUUGACAGUGGCAAAUACUCACUAACACUAGAAAACAGUAGUGGCAAAAAAUCUGCAAUUGUUGCAGUGAGAAUUUUGGAUACACCGAGUGCACCACAAAACUUUACCGUGAAGGAGCUAAAGAAGGAUUCAGUGACUCUUGCCUGGGAUACUCCACUUACUGAUGGUGGCUCUAAAAUCACAAACUACAUCAUAGAGAAGAGAGAGUCUGUUAGGAAGGCCUAUACUGCUGUCACCAGCAACUGCACAGCAAACUCAUUUAAGGUAGAAGACCUGCCAGAAGGUGGAAUUUUCUACUUUAGAAUCUGUGCUGUUAAUGAAUAUGGCCAAGGCCAGAUGGUUGAAACCAAAGAAGUAAAGGUAGCUGAGGUACCUUUGCCACCAAGCAAGGUUACCCUUGUAGAUUUGACCAAGACCAGUGUGUCACUGGCUUGGGAGAAACCUGCUCAUGAUGGUGGAUGCAAAGUAAUGUGCUACAAUGUAGAAUUUAAGCCUAAGAGUGGGGAUAAAUGGGGCACAGCAUGUACAGUUAAGGUACUGGAAGCAACUAUUCCUAAUUUAACUCCAAAUGAAGCUUAUUUAUUCAGAGUUGUUGCAAUCAAUGAGAAGGGGAAGAGUGAGCCAAAGGAUCUUGGCUUACCUGUGGUUGCAAAGGAUGUUGCUAUUGAACCAUCUAUCAACUUGCUGUUUACCACAUACACUGUGAAGGCUGGAGAUGACCUCACUUUUGAGGUUCCAAUAAGAGGCAGACCAAAGCCCGCUGUGUCCUGGAAGAAGGAUGGCCUCCCUUUGAAGCAAACCACAUCAGUUUCUAUCUUAAACACUGCAGCCUCAUCCAAAAUCAUUAUCAAAGAGGCUAAGAAGGAACAUGUUGGGAAGUAUGAAAUUACUUUGGCAAACACAGCAGGAACUGUUACAGCAGAUAUUGGAGUCAUUGUCCUUGAUAAGCCAGGUCCACCUAAAGGAAUUAAGGUGGAUGCAGUGACUUCAGACAGCAUCUCCCUUUCCUGGUCCCCACCAGAAUAUGAUGGUGGCUGCUCCAUCAGCAACUACAUUGUGGAGAAGAGAGACACAAACACACAGGAAUGGCAGAUGAUAGCAAGUAAUGUUGCUAGAACAGCUUUCAAAGCUGGCCGCCUUACACAUGGAGCAGAGUAUCAGUUUCGUAUUUAUGCAGUUAACCGCUAUGGAAAGAGUAGCUAUCUGGAUUCACCUGGAAUCACUGCUCAGUACAAUUUUAAACAGCCCGGACCUCCUUCUACACCCAUAGUGAAACUGGCCACCAAGUCUUAUAUGUUGGUGACUUGGAAUGAGCCAGUUAGUGAUGGUGGUAGUCCUGUUCUGGGCUACCACUUGGAGAGGAAGGAGCGUUCUAGCAUUCUUUGGACAAAGAUGAACAGAGGAAUGAUCAAAGAUACAGAGUACAAAGUCACUGGAAUUGAAGAGGGCAUGAUGUAUGAAUACCGUGUAUAUGCUGAAAAUAUUGCUGGUAUUGGUAAAUGUAGCAAGGCUUGUGAAGCUGUAGCAGCAAGAGAUCCAUGUGACCCUCCAGGUACACCCAUUAUCAUUGCAAUCACCAGAACAUCAGUCUCCUUAUCUUGGGAAAAACCAGAAUAUGAUGGUGGAGCAAAGGUUUCUGGUUACACAAUUGAACGCAGAGACCUUCCAGAAGGACGAUGGACAAGGUGCAACUUCACUAAUGUACCUGAGACCCAUUAUGAUGUGACAGGCCUUACAGAGAACAGCCAGUAUGAUUUCCGUGUCAUUGCAAAGAAUGCAGCUGGACUGUUUAGUAUACCAUCAGACAAUACUGGCCCCAUCACUAUUAGAGAUGAUGUGGAGCCACCACGCAUCAUGAUUGAUGUGAAGUUCAGAGAGACAGUGUUUGUGAAAGCCGGAGAAACUCUAAAGAUUAAUGCGGAUCUUGCGGGACGUCCUGCUCCUGUCAUUUCAUGGACCAAGGAUGGCAAAGAAAUCGAGCUAAGAGCUAGAAUUCAAAUUGUUUCAACAGACACCAGCACAUGUCUCACUGUGAAGGAUUGUAUCAGAAGGGAUUCUGGACAGUAUGCCCUGACUUUACAAAAUAUUGGUGGAACAGUUACCAUGCCAAUAAACUGUGUGAUUCUAGAUAGGCCAGGACCCUCAGCAGGACCACUUCAGAUCACAGGUGUCACAGCAGCAGAGUGCACUCUGUCUUGGGGUCCACCUCAGGAAUCUGGUGGUGCAGACAUCACUCAUUAUGUUGUUGAAAAACGUGAGACCAGUCGGCUGUCAUGGACACUGGUGAAGGCAGAUGUCACAAAAACAUUCUUUAAAGUCACAGGCCUGCUCAAGGACAAUGACUAUAUCUUUAGGGUUCUUGCUGUUAACAGGCAUGGUGUUGGUGAAGCUCUGGAGAGUGAUGUUAUAAAGGUUACAGAUCCAUACACCUUUGCCACUGCUCCAGCUAGUGUUGAUGUCACUACUAUAACUGGAGACUCAAUGACCCUCACCUGGUGCAAGCCAGCCAAUGAUGGAGGCAGUCCCAUUACUGGAUAUGUGAUUGAGCGGCGUGAGAAAACAAGCAUGCGUUGGGUCCGUGUGAACAGAGAUCCAGUUCCUGAAUUUACCACAGUAGUAACCAAACUCCGCAAGGGUUGUGAAUAUGACUUCCGAGUUUAUGCUGAAAAUGCAGCUGGUUUGAGUCCACCGAGUGAACCAUCUGCAACAUUCAGAGCAGUAGAUCCUGUGGUUGUUCCUUCUCGACCAACCAAGCCAAAGAUUGAGAAUUCAACCAAAGACAGCGUGUCUAUUGUCUGGAAACCACCAACAGAUGAUGGUGGUGCUCAUAUCCUUGGAUACAGUGUAGAAUACAGAGACUACAUCCAGAAACCAGAGGUAGAAGAAGAAGAAGAAUAUGAGGAGGAAGAGGAGGUACUUGAGUCACCUGAAGAACUAGCAAGAUGGGUUGAGGCCAUCCCUCUUACAAAGAGCUUAGAAUUCACCAUCACUGGAUUGAAGACAGAUGCAGAAUAUGAAUUCUGUGUUAAAGCAAUCAAUAAAGUUGGCAGCAGUAUGCGUAGUCCAUAUUCAAAUCCAUCUGCCGCAAAGGACAGAACUGCAGAACCAUCAUUUGAUGUUGACAUUGAGAUGCGUAAAGUGCUCUCUGUUAAGCAUGGUACAGCAUUUACUCUUAAUGUGCCAUUCAAGGGAAACCCUUUGCCAUCAGUGACAUGGGCUAAGGAGGGUGUUGAUCUGAAAGUCAGAGGAACCAUUGAAUCAACAGAAUCCAGCACUUCAUUGACUAUUGAGAAUUCAACUAGAAAUGACUCUGGAGAAUACACUGUCACAAUUGAAUCACCACUAGGAAAAGCAACAUUGCCUGUGGUUGUCAAAGUACUUGACUCUCCAGGACCCCCAGUGAAUGUUAAAGUAUCUUCAGUGACCAGGGAUUCUGCAACCCUCACUUGGGAUCCUCCAGAGAAUGAUGGUGGUGAUGCAGUAAAGGCCUACCAUGUUGAAAAACGUGAGGCCAGUAAGAAAGCCUGGGUGUCUGUGACUAGCAACUGCCACGCUCUGACUUACAAGGUGGAAGACCUACAGGAGGGAGCUAUCUAUUAUUUUAGAGUUAUUGGAGAAAAUGAGUAUGGAGUGGGUGUCCCUCAGGAUGCUAAGGCUGGGACAAAGAUCACAGAGGUACCAAGUCCACCUAUGAAACUUGGAGUUGCAAAUGUUACCAAGGACAGUGUUACUAUUGCCUGGACCAGACCAGAAUAUGAUGGCGGAAGCAGAGUCACUGGUUACCUUAUAGAUGCUGUGGAGAAAGGACAGACCAAAUGGGUGAAAUGUGCCACUGUGAGGACCAUGACUCACACAAUCAAGAGCCUUAGGGAAGGUGCUGAGUACUUUUUCAGAGUCCGUGCUGAGAACCAUGCUGGACUUAGUGAACCCAAGGAGAUGAUCGUUCCGGUUAUUGUCAAGGAAAUACACGAGGCUCCAGAGUUUGACCUAAAGAACUACCCCAAGAAUACAGUUUAUGUAAGAGCAGGAUCCAAUCUGACCUUUGAGAUUCCAUUAACUGGCAGGCCCAUGCCAAAGGUCACUGUUUCCAAGAACAAUGUUGUCAUUAAGGGAUCCAAGAGGCUGCUGACAGAAGUAACUCCAGAUAGUUUAAUCAUCACCCUAAACGAAAGUGUUUCAGUGGAUGCUGGCAAAUAUGAAAUCACAGCCUCAAAUGCAGGAGGUACUACCAAGAUUUUCAUUAUCUUCGUUGUGCUGGACAGACCUGGACCUCCUGUUGGUCCAGUUCAGAUUGGAGAAGUUGGAGAGACCACAGUGUGUCUGAAAUGGACUCCUCCAGAAUACGAUGGUGGCAGUCCUGUUACAAAUUAUGUUGUUCUUAAACGUGAAACCAGCACUCCUGCCUGGGUAGAGGUGUCGACUACCAUUGCCAGAAGUGAGAUCAAGGUGACUAAGCUGACUAAAGGAGAGGAGUACCAGUUCAGAAUUAAGGCUGAGAAUCGUUAUGGUAUCAGUGAUCAUAUUGACAGCAAGCCGGUCAUGAUAAAGCUUCCAUACACUGUACCUGGACCUCCAUCCACACCUUGGGUUAGCUAUGUAUCUAGAGAGAGUCUCACAGUCUGCUGGAAUGAGCCAGUCAAUGAUGGUGGAAACUCUGUGGUUGGAUACCAUCUCCAGAUGAAAGAGAGGACCAGCAUCCUUUGGCAGAAAAUCAAUAAGACCCCAAUCCCAGGAAACCAGUGGCGUGUCACAAACAUCUGCCCUGGUCUUAUCUAUGAAUUCAAGGUGGCAGCUGAAAAUUCUGCUGGUAUUGGAAAAAUGAGCAAAACCUCAGAAGAAGUGCUUGCUAUUGAUGCCUGUGAACCCCCAGCAAAUGUUCAUGUCACUGAAGUCACGAAGAACUCGGUCAGUCUGGCCUGGCAGAGGCCUCCAUAUGAUGGUGGCAGUAAGAUUACUGGUUACAGUGUAGAAAGGAGGGAGGCACCCAGCGGCAGAUGGGUGAAGGCCAACUUUACAAACAUCAUUGAGAUGGGUUUCACUGUAUCUGGACUGGCCCAGGAUGAGUCUUAUGAGUUCAGAGUGUAUGCUAAGAAUGCAGUUGGGUCUGUCAGCAAUCCAUCUCUCAUUGCUGGACCAGUGACUUGUGUUGAUGCAUGUGGUGCCCCAGCUAUAGACCUUCCUCCAGAGUAUCUGGAUGUAGUUCAGUACAAAGCUGGAGCUACAGUUAAGCUCAGGGUAGGAAUUAUUGCCAAGCCUCUACCAACAAUUGAGUGGCUCAAGAAUGGAAAGGAGCUAGUAACAACCUCCACCGUGUCUGUUGAAAGCACAACGGACUCUUCUGCUGUUCUGAUCAAGGAUGCAACUCGCAAUGACACAGGUUCAUAUGAGAUCAAGAUUAAGAAUGUUCUGGGGUCAGCAUCUGCAACCAUCAGAAUUGAAAUCCUAGACAAACCUGGACCCCCAGCUGGCAUUAUUAACUUCAACUCCAUCACAGCAGAAAGAAUUAUGUUCAGCUGGGAACCUGUCCCUGAGUGUGACCAGGGAGGCUCCAAAGUCACCCACUACAUUGUUGAAAGACGUGAAACCAGUAGAGUGGUGUGGUCAACAGUUUCUGAAAGGUGUGAACAGACAUACAUUGCCGUUGGCAAGCUGGUCCGUGGAAAUGAGUAUGUAUUCCGUGUAAUGGGUGUUAACAAGUAUGGAGUUGGAGAACCACUGGAGUCAGAGCCUGUCAUCGCUAAGAAUGCCUUUGUAACUCCUGGGCAGCCUCAUACCCCUGAGGUGACCACCAUUACAAAGUCCACUAUGGUGGUGGAAUGGGGCAAACCAGGUGUGGAUGGAGGCAGUGCUGUGACAGGCUACUACCUGGAGAGACGAGACAAGAAGAGCUUGCGCUGGAUCAGAGUUUAUAAAGAUCCUGUCACUGACACCAAACAGACAGUUUAUCACUUGACAGAAGGAAAUGAAUACCAGUAUCGUGUGUGUGCCAUUAACAAGGCCGGAGAGGGACCGUUUUCUGAUGCAUCAGACUAUUAUAAGGCUGCUGACCCAGUUGAUCCACCAGAUGAGCCUUGCAAGUUAAAGGUGGUGGACUCUACCAAGACUUCCAUCACUUUGGGCUGGUCCAAGCCAGAAUGGGAUGGAGGAAGUGAGGUCACAAGUUACAUGGUGGAAAAGCUUGUGGAGGGAGAAAAAGAAUGGGCUAUGAUUACCUCCAAAGGAGAGGUCAAAACAACAGAAUAUGUUGUCCACAAUUUAAAACCAAAUGUCAACUACUUCUUCAGAGUCUCUGCUGUCAAUUGUGCUGGUCGCGGAGAGCCUCUGGAGAUGACUGAACCAGUGCAGGCUAAGGACAUCCUGGAGGAGGCCCAGAUUGACUCUGAUGUUGCCAUGAGAACUCACUACAUUGUGAAGGCCGGCAAGGAUGUUGAGCUGUCUGUUCCAUUGAAGGGCAGACCUGCGCCCACUGCCUCUUGGAGCAAGGGCGAAGAAUGCAUUGACCACAAUCCCAAAUAUGAAUUCCACCAUUCAGACACAAGCACAGUCCUUGUUAUGCGUGAGGUGACCAGGCUUGAUACUGGAAAAUAUACAGUAAAGAUAGAGAAUGGUGUGGGUGAGCCCAAGACAGUGACUCUGUCUGUCAAAGUCCAAGACACCCCAGCUCAGUGCAGGAACCUGGUCCUGAAGGAGGUGACCCGUGGAAAGGUGACUCUCUGCUGGGAGGCCCCACUUCUUGAUGGCGGUGCAGAGAUUACUAACUAUGUUGUGGAGAAGAGAGACUCAUCCAAGAGAUCAUACUCUGUGGUGACAAACAAAUGCACAGACACAACAUACACCAUGGAAGAUCUUUCUGAAAAGACAUCCUUCUUCUUCCGUGUCUUAGCAGAGAAUGAGAAUGGUAUCGGUGAUCCAUGUGAAACACAUGAACCUGUUAAGGCUACAGAAACUCCAGGCCCAGUCAAGGAGGUUUCAAUGAAAGAUUCAUCAAAGACCUCCGUCACUCUCCAGUGGCUUAAGCCAGAUUACGAUGGUGGUAGUAUAAUCUCUGACUACAUUAUUGAGAAGAAGGUCGAGAAAGAAGAUUGGUCAUUAGGAGGAACAAGCAGACAGUGUGAGUUUGAGGUAAAGAAACUGAAGGAGCACUCGAACAUGUUCUUUAGAGUUGCUGCCAGGAAUGAGAAAGGACAUGGAGAUUUUGUUGAAAUUGGACCUAUCAAGGUCAUUGACUACAUUAUUACACCAGAGGCAGACCUUACAGAAUAUCCACAUGGUAGCGUCAGCAUUCGCCUGGGUCACAAUGUGCACAUUGAACUGCCAUACAAAGGCAAACCCAGACCUUCUGUUCUUUGGAUGAAGGACAACCUGCCGCUUAAAGAGAGUGAUCAAGUACGCUUCAAGACAACAGAAAACAAAGCCACCCUAAUGAUUAAGAAUGUGAAGAAGGAGAAUGAGGGCAAAUACACCUUAACCCUUGACAACAAAGUGAACAGGAAAUCCUUCCACAUCCAUGUCAUCACACUGGGACCACCAUCAAAGCCUGUUGGACCUAUCCGACUGGAUGAAGUGAGAGCAGAGAGCAUUAUGAUCUCAUGGGAUGAACCAAAUGACUAUGGUGGUGGAGACAUAACUUGCUACACCGUGGAGAAACGGGAUACCUCCCAAAAUGACUGGAAGAUGGCCUCCUCCAGUGUACAGGAUACUCAAUUCAAAGUCACCAACCUUAUCAAAGGUGUCCAAUACCAGUUCAGAGUGUGUGCUGAAAACAGGUACGGUGUCAGCGAGCCUCUGCUUUCGCAAAUGGUUAUUGCCAAGCACCAAUUCAGACCACCAGGCCCACCAGGCAAGCCGAUUGUAUACAAUGUUACCAACGAUGGUAUGACCAUUCAAUGGGAGAAACCUAUCUACGAUGGUGGCACCCCUAUUCAGGGCUAUCAUGUGGAGAAGAAGGAGAAGAAUAGCAUUAUGUGGCAAAAGGUGAACACUAUGUUGAUCAAAGAAACAGAUUACAGGAUUUUGGAGCUCAUUGAAGGCCUUGAAUACUCCUUUAGAGUCUAUGCACAGAAUGAUGCUGGGUUCAGCCGAAUGAGUGAUGAGAGCAAACCAAUCAUGGCCGUCAGUCCAGUUGAUCCUCCUGGCCAGCCUGAUUACACUGAUGUGACUAGUGACUCAGUGUCACUGAAAUGGGAUGCACCCAAACGUGAUGGCGGUAGCAAGAUUGUUGGAUACAAUAUCGAGAAACGCCAAGGACAUGGACGCUGGUUCAAGGCCAACUUGACUGAUGUGCACGACUGUCAGUAUACCGUCACUGGAUUGGCAACAAAUGAACGCUAUGAGUUUAGGGUCAUUGCCAGAAAUGCCAUGGGUGUUGUGAGUCCUCCAUCCAACUCUUCUGGCAUGAUUGCUGUCAGAAGUGAAAAUGCUUCUCCAAACAUUGAGUUUGGCCCAGAGUACUUUGAAGGUUUGACAGUCAAGGCAGGAGACAGCAUCAGGCUAAAGGUGACCAUCACUGGACGCCCAGUUCCCAAAGUUGUCUGGUUCCGAGAAGGUGUGGAGAUUACAAAAAAGAUGAUGGACAUUAUAACAGUUCCUGGAUCCAGCACCCUCUUUGUCAGGGAUGCUGAUCGUUCACACUGUGGGCUCUACACUGUGGAAGCUACCAAUGGGUCUGGAACCAAAAAGGAAAACAUCCUUGUUCAAGUCCAAGAUACACCUGGCGAGCCUGUUGGACCAAUCACUUUCAGUAACAUCUCAGAGGGCAAGUGCAGUCUGUCUUGGAACCCACCAGAGAAAGAUGGUUGUUCUGAGAUUUCACAUUACAUCAUUGAGAAGCGUGAGACAGCCAAGAUUUCGUGGGCAUUGGUGUCUGAUGAAUGUAAGGAGUGCACCUUCCACGCAACCAAGCUCAUUAAGACUAAUGAGUAUCAAUUCAGGGUCUCUGCUGUUAACAAGUUUGGAGUUGGCAGGCCUCUGGAAUCCAGUCCCAUCAUUGCACAGAUGCAAUAUACCACUCCUGAUGCUCCAGGCACUCCUGAUGCAACUGAAGUUACAGGAGAGAGCAUCACCUUGUCCUGGACUCCUCCAAAAUCUGAUGGAGGAAGCCCUAUUCAUUAUUACAUCCUGGAAAAACGAGAAAAGAAAACUGUCCGGUUCUACAAGGUGAUCACCAAGAAGCCUAUUACUGACUGUGCACAUAGGGUUAUCAACCUGACUGAGGAUAUGGAAUACGAGUUCCGUGUUAUGGCUGUAAAUGAUGCUGGUGUUGGAACUCCUAGCAACAUCUCUUUACCCAUCAAAGCCGCUGAGCCAAAAGAUAUUCCUUGCGCUCCAUCAGUGGUCUGUGUUUCGGACUCCACCAGUACCUCCAUCAGUUUGGAAUGGACCAAGCCUGCUGAUGAUGGAGGCAUGGAGAUUCUUGGCUACAUAAUUGAAAUGGUGAAGGGAGAAGAGGUGGAAUGGAAGAGAGUAAAUGAGGAGCUUGUAACUGAAACAAAUUAUGUGGUGACAGGUCUGCAGACAGGGGCUGAGUACAAAUUCCGUGUUGCAGCUGUCAAUCAUGUGGGUAGAGGUGAACACAAGGAAAUUCCAGAGCCUGCUCAGACAGUAGAUAGGCUAACAGUGCCACAGGUAGAUAUUGAUGCUGCCUUUAAGCAGACACACAUUGUCAAAGCGGGAGGUUCAGUAUGCUUGGGCAUCCACUUCAGAGGAAAGCCGAUUCCUACUGCCACUUGGGUGAAGGAGGAAGGAGAGCUCAGUGUCAUGUCAGAGGUAACAACUACUGAUGGUUACAGUUCUCUGAGCAUUGAAAACUGCUCUAGAAAUGAUACUGGCAAAUAUACUGUAAACCUAGAAAAUUCCAGUGGCAGCAAGGCUACUACAUUUGUUGUAAAAGUCAUGGACACUCCUGGACCUCCAGAGGCUGUUGCCUUCAAGGAGGUGACCAGAGGCUCAGUCACACUUAUCUGGAUACCUCCUCUUAAUGAUGGUGGAGCCAGAAUCCAUCACUAUAUUGUUGAGAGGCGUGAGGCUAGCCGCCGCACUUGGCAGCAGUCCGGUAGCAAAUGCACACAGCACUACCUAAAGAUACAGGACCUGCUGGAAGGAGUGCCAUACUUCUUCAGAGUCUCAGCUGAGAACCAGCACGGUGUGGGUGAGGCAUUUGAGCUGACUGAGCCUGUCAUUGCCACUGCAGCACCAUCAGCUCCAAAGAGACUGGAUAUCCUCGACACCACAGAUAACUCUGUGUCACUAGGCUGGCUGAAACCAGAGCAUGAUGGCGGUAGUCGCAUUCAAUGUUACGUCAUUGAAGCUAGGCCAAAAGGUACAGACAAAUGGGUAGUUGUUGGCAACACCAAAAAUCUGACCUAUGUUGUUGAAAAGCUCAACAAGGGUGAUGAAUAUGACUUCUGUGUGAAGGCUAAGAAUGAAGCUGGUUAUAGCAAGCCCAAGGAAACUCUGGCUCCUGUGCUGGUCAAAGAGCCUCACAUUGAACCUGCUGCUGACCUCAGUGAAAUCACCAACCAGCUUAUCACAUGCAGGUCUGGAAGCACUUUCACCAUCGAUGUUCCAAUCAGUGGCAGACCUGCUCCUAAGGUCACCUGGAAGUUGGAGGAAAUGAGACUGAAAAACACAGACAGAGUCUCAAUCAAAGUUACUAAGGACAGAACCAGUAUCUCAGUUAAGGAGGCCAUGAGAGGAGAUGGUGGGAAAUACCAUCUGACUCUGGAGAAUGUGGCAGGAACCAGAACGUUUACUAUUGAAGUUAAUGUCACAGGCAGACCCAGUCCUCCAAGUGGACCAAUAGAAAUCUCAUCAAUUACUUCUGAGUCCUGUGUUGUUAACUGGCAUCCACCAGAAGAUGAUGGUGGCACUGACAUCACCAACUACAUCAUAGAGAAGCGUGAAUCUGGCUCAACAGCCUGGCAGCUCAUCAACUCCAGCGUGAAGCGCACCUCUCUCCACGUCAGUAACCUGACCAAAUACAUGCAGUACACAUUCAGGGUCUCUGCAGAAAACAGAUUUGGUGUCAGCAAGUCCACUGAGUCUGAGACUAUUGUCGCUGAGCAUCCUUACACACCUGCAGGUCCACCGACAAAGCCUAUAAUCUUUAAUGUCACUGCUAAUACAAUGACAAUGCAAUGGGAGGAGCCCUACCAUGAUGGUGGAAGCAAGGUGACUGGUUACUGGAUUGAGAAGAAGGAAAGGAACAAUAUCCUGUGGGUGAGGGAGAACAAGAUCCCUUGCUUUGAGUGCUCUUACAAGGUGGAAGGUCUGGUGGAAGGCCUGGAAUAUCAGUUCAGGGUUUAUGCCAUGAACAGUGCUGGACUGAGCAAAGCUAGUGAGGCCUCAAAGGGAGCAGUUGCUCAAAACCCCGUCGAUCCACCGGGUAAGCCUGAAGUCACCAACGUAACAAGGACCACAGUAUCCCUGAAGUGGUCGUCUCCACUGUAUGAUGGUGGCAGUCCAAUUGUGGGCUACAUCAUUGAACGCAAACCAUACACGUUGACUGGCGAGGGCCGCUGGCUGAAGUGUAACUACACCAACGUGACUGACAACUUCUAUACUGUUACUGCGCUGGGAGAGGGAGAGCCCUAUGAGUUCAGGGUUAUUGCCAAGAAUGCCAACCAGGUCUUCAGCAGACCCUCUGAGUCCACCGGCUCUGUGCAGUGCAAAACUGACUUUGAGCCUCCAAAGGCCCAGCUUGACAGCAAGCUGCUCUCUGAAACUGUGAUGGUCCGGGCUGGUUCAGACCUGGUUCUGGAUGCUGCAGUGGGUGGAAGACCUGAUCCUAAGGCUUCUUGGUCCAAGGGAAACAGAGAGCUGGACUUGUGUGAAAAGUACCACUUGCAGUAUACCCCAACUAGAGCCAUGGCCAUCAUCAAAUUCUGUGACAGAGAUGACACUGGAAAAUACAUCCUCACAGUCAGGAACGUAAGUGGAACCAAGACUGCAGAGGUCAAUGUCAAAGUGCUUGACACACCUGGAGUUUGUGAGGGCAGCAUUGAGAUCAGUAAGAUAACGGAGGAAUCCUGCACUCUGAGCUGGAAGCCUCCUCUUGAAGAUGGUGGUGAUGACGUCUCUCACUACAUUGUGGAGAGGCGUGACACAAACAGACUUAACUGGGUAAUAAUGCAUGCCGAAUGCAAGGAACUGACCUGCAACAUCACCGGGUUGAUGAAAAACACAGAGUACCUGUUCAGGGUGCGGGGAGUCAACAAGUACGGGCCUGGAGUCUAUCUCCAGUCAGAGCCCAUGGUCGCCAGAAACACCUUUACUGUGCCAUCUCCUCCUGGUGCUCCAGAGAUCCUGGCAUCAGGAAAGGACUUUGCCACCAUUGAGUGGCUGAAACCAGAGAGCGAUGGAGGUAGCCCAUUAAUCCAUUACCUAGUUGAGAGACGUGAGAGAAAGAGUGCUCGCUGGGUGAAGGUGAACAGGGAUGGUGCUCACUUAGACACCACGCUGAAGGUGUCCGGUUUGACUGAAGGCAACAUCUACCAGUUCAGAGUGACGGCCAUCAACAAGGCUGGAGAAAGUGAGCCCAGUGAGGUUUCUCUAUAUGUUGUCUGCAGAGUGCCAACAUGUACCCCUGCUCCUCCUUCUAUUCCUCGUAUCACUGACACACACGCUGACAGCAUCAGCCUGGCCUGGUCCCGACCCGUAGAGGAUGGAGGAGCUGAUGUGAUUGGCUAUAUUCUAGAGAUGAAGGAAGUGGGAGCAGAAGAAUGGAAGAAGGCCCAUGAAAAGACCCUGCGUACCACAGAGUAUGUAGUAACUGGACUUUCGGCUGGCAAGAAGUACUGCUUCAGAGUGGCCGGCAUUAACAUUAAUGGUACAGGAGACUUCAGUGACCCAUGUGCUGAGACCGAGCCAGUGGAGAGAAUUGAAACUCCUGAUUUCGAGCUCCAUGACGACCUUAAGAAGACUAUCUGCUUGCGGGCCAGCGGCUCCCUUCGCUUAUUUGUUCGUGUCACUGGUCGUCCUGCUCCUACAAUAACGUGGAGCAAGCCUGGUGUUGACCUCCACAACAGAGGCUUCAUUGAGGUCACCAACACUUCCACCACUCUCAUUAUUGACAAAGUCAACCGCUACGAUGCUGGCAGGUACACUCUGGUGGCGGAGAACUCUGCCGGGAAACAGGAAGUCAGCAUUUUGGUCAAGGUUUAUGAUACUCCUGGACCAAUUGGGCCAAUCAAAAUGAAGGAACUGACCAAGGAGUCUGCAACCAUCUCUUGGGAUGCUCCAACUGUGGAUGGCGGUGCUCCUGUCAGCAACUACAUCAUUGAGAGGCGUGAAGCGUCCAUGAGAGCCUACAAGACAGUCACAGCCAAAUGCAGUAAAACAUCUUACAAGAUCGAUGGCCUGAUGGAGGGCAUGCUGUAUUAUUUCCGUGUUCUCCCUGAGAACAUCUAUGGUAUUGGAGAGCCCUGUGAGACACCAGAUGUCAUCCUGGUUUGCGAGGUGCCUCUGCCACCACAAAAAUUGGAAGUGAUCGAUGUCACCAAGAGCACUGUCACCCUGGGCUGGGAGAAACCGGAACAUGAUGGUGGCAGCAGACUGAUAGGCUAUGUCGUUGAAGCCUGCAAGUUCGGUACCGACAAAUGGAUGAAGGUGGCUACAUUGAAGCUCACUGACUUUGAGCACACCAUUGAGAAGCUGAAUGAGAAGGAGCAGUAUUUGUUCAGAAUCAGAGCCAUCAACAGCCGAGGAGCCAGUGAACCCAAAGAACUUGUUGCAGCUGUCACUGUACAGGAACAGAGAGUAAUGCCAGUAGUGGACUUCUCUGGUAUUCCUCAGAAGGUUGUCAAUGUGCUGGCUGGCAAGACCCUGGAUCUGGACCUGCCUGUCAUCGGCAGACCUCCUCCUGUUUGCUCCUGGUACUUUGGUGACAACAGGAUAAAAAUCACAGACCGUGUCAAGAUCAAGAGUACUGGCAAGUUCACCAAACUGACGAUGUCUGACACCACCAUCGAUGACACUGGUGACUACACCCUGGAGGUGAAGAAUGCUGUCGGUGUCAUCACUGAGGUCAUCAAAGUCGUCGUUCUCUCUAAACCUGAUGAGCCAAAGGGACCCAUCAGGUUUGACGAGAUUGAUGCCACCACCGUCACUUGCAGUUGGGAUCCUCCAAUCAGAGAUGGUGGAGCUCCCAUCAGUGGCUAUGUGGUGGAGCAGCGUGACGCCCACAGACCUGGUUGGGUGCCUGUCUCUGACUCUGUCAGCCGACCAAUGUUUAAAUUUGAUAACCUGAUCGAGGGAGAUGAGUAUGUCUUCCGUGCAGCUGCUGUGAAUCGUUACGGCACUGGAGAAUUCCUGCAGUCUGAGAUUGUCACCUGCAGAAGCAUGAAGAAUGUUCCUGGACCACCUGGCCGUCCAGUUGUUUUCGAUGUUUCUCGUGAUGGUAUGACUGUGGCUUGGGAGCCGCCAGAUGAGGAUGGUGGCCUUGAAGUUUCUGGUUACAUCAUUGAACGGAAAGAAGUCAGGGCUGAUAGAUGGGUGCGUGCCAACAAGAACCCUGUAACCAUGACUAGAUACCGGUCUACUGAGCUGAUCGAGGGUCUUGAGUACGAACACAGAAUCACUGCCAUCAAUACCAGAGGACUUAGCAAGCCAAGCCUGCCAUCUAAACCAGCAGUGGCAACAGAUCCCAUUGAUCCACCUGGCUGUCCUCAGAAUCCAAGGAUCACUGAUACCACAAAGUCCUCUGUGUCACUGGCUUGGAGUCCUCCUGAUGAUGAGGUAGACGCUAGGGUAGAUGGUUACCUGAUUGAGAUGCAGAAGGUGGGCACUGUGGCCUGGAUCAAAUGCAACACCACACCAUCUCUCAUUUGUGAGUACACACUGACCAACAUGCCACAAGAAGAGCAGUUCAAAUUCCGUGUGAUGGCCUGCAAUGCUGGUGGCUGUGGAGAGCCCGCUGAAGUGCCUGGAACAGUUACUGUGACUGAGAUGCUUGAAUCUCCUGAAUAUGACCUGGAGCUGAAAUACAAAGAUCUGUACGUGGUCCGCUAUGGAGGAGUGCUUAGAUUAUCUGUACCCGUUAAAGGUAAACCUCAGCCAACCUGCAAGUGGUCAAAGGAUGGCGGUUUAGUGUCUGCCAGGGCUAUGAUUGCCUCCACUGAAGAUGCCAGUGAGCUUGUAAUCAAGGGAGCUGAGAGGAGUGACUCUGGUGUCUAUGAUCUCCUGCUGGAGAAUAAGGUUGGCAAGAAGAAAGUCCAAAUCAAGGUGAAGGUCAUUGGCAGACCAAGUGCUCCAGAGGGACCAAUAGUCUUUGAGGAGAUUCAGGCCAACUCUGUCAGGCUGUCCUGGAAGGCACCUAUUGAUGACGGUGGCUCAGAAAUCCUUGGUUAUAUUGUGGAAAGACGUGAGGCAACCAGAAAUGCCUGGUAUACUGUAGACUGUAGAGUGACUGAAACUCAGCUGCUUGUUAAGGGCCUGAAGGAGGGAACAGAGUAUCACUUCAAGGUCACAGCUGAAAACUCUUUUGGUAUCAGUGCAUCCCUGAAGUCUGAACAGCCACUGGUACCCAAGACUCCUCUCUGUUCCCCUGAGCCUUCAACUACCCCGCCAGAGAUUAUGGAUGUCACCAAGAGCUCAGUGGCACUUGCAUGGUCCAGACCAAAGGAUGAUGGAGGAUCUGCUAUCACUGGUUACUUUGUUGAGUACAAGGUGGUGUCUGCUGAAACAUGGUCCCGUCAUGAGGCCAAGAUAACCUCCACUAUGUUUAGUCUACCUGGACUCACCCCAGAUACGGACUACCAGUUCCGCAUUGUUGCUGUCAAUGACAUAGGCGAGAGUGAGGCAGGUCCUGUGUCGGACCCAGUCACAUGCAAAGAUCCAUUCGACAAGCCCAGUCAACCAGGUGAAAUUGACACAGUGAACGUGAGUAACAACUUCAUCACAAUCCGCUGGCAAGCUCCAGAGUGUGAUGGUGGAAAGGAGGUGCUGGGCUAUUGGGUGGAAUACAGGAAGUCCACAGAGAGCACCUGGAAAAAGUGUAACAAGGAGAGACUUAAGGAAAAGGAGUUCACGACACCUGGACUAGCUGAGGCCACAGAAUAUGAAUUCAGGGUGUUUGCUGAGAAUGAGACGGGAAUGAGCAGGCCUCGUAGGACUGCCACAUGUAUCAAAACCAAACUGACUUCUGAAACUAAACCAAGCCUGAGAAAAGAAAUGGAUGAAGUAACUGCCAAACUUGGCCAGCCUGCAGUUAUGAAGUGCCAGAUUAUUGGAAGACCUGUUCCUGAAAUAAAGUGGUAUCAUGCAGGCAAGGAAAUUAUCGAGUCUCGCAAGUACGAGAUGAGCUCUGACGGCCGCAACCACUCCCUGUCAAUUAUGACUGACCAGCAGGAAGAUGAAGGCGAAUACACCUGCAAGGCCAUCAAUGACGCUGGAGAAGCAGAGACCACAGGCAUGUUGGUUUUGGAGGCGGCUCCAUCAUUCCAUCCUGACUACCCACUGAAGGAAAUCUAUUUUGCUGGCCUUGGAACUACUCUGCGUAUCCAUGCUGUUUACAUUGGCCGUCCUGAGCCAAAGAUCAUGUGGCUGCAUGGGGCAAAGACUCUGGAAAACACAGAGGACAUAAGCAUUGAGACCACUGAGCACUACACACAUCUGGUCAUCAAGAACGUGCAGCGCAGAGUCCAUGGAGGCAAAUACAGAAUAAGACUGCACAACCACUUUGGCCGAGCUGACACCGCAUUCAGUGUUGAAAUCUACGACAAACCUGAGAUACCUCAGGGUCCCAUUGUUCUGGAUGCCCUGCUGAAGAACUCAGUGAUCAUCAGCUGGAAGCCUCCCAAAGAUGACGGUGGCUGCAUGAUUACGAACUAUAUUGUGGAGAAGCGUGAGGACAGGGAGGACUCAGAGUGGGAACUGGUGUCGUCAUCCAUCAAUGGCACAUCCUGCCGUGUGCCCAACCUCAUCGAGAGUGCUGGAUACUUCUUCCGGGUCUAUGCCCAGAAUCGCUAUGGCAACAGCGAGCCACUGGAGCUAACUUCCCCGAUCCUCAUCAAGAGUCAGCUGGAGAGACCAUCGCCACCUCUAUCACCAGUUGUUUCUGGAAUUACUAAGGAUUCCUGCGUGGUUUCCUGGAAACCUCCUCUCAGUGAUGGUGGAUCCAAGAUCAAGAGCUACCACCUGGAGAAGAAGAACAAAAAGGACAAGCGGGAAUGGACUGAAUGGACUCCAGUGACCACAGAUGAAAUCAAGCAAACAGUCUUUUCUGUGAAGCGCCUGACAGAGGGUGUCGAGUACAUCUUCCGUGUCAAAUGUGAGAAUCUUGGAGGGCAAAGUGACUAUAGCGAGGAGACCACUCCCAUCAUUCCAACCGCAGCUGUCGAGAUCCGUGCUCCUGCCUUCAAGGAGGAGCUGAGGAACAUGAGUGUCAAGUACAAGAGCAAUGCUACCCUUGUCUGUAAGAUUACAGGACAGCCCAAGCCUGUAAUUAAAUGGUUCAGACGAGGAAAAGAGGUCCAUUCUGAUGGAAAGAAGAUCAAGAUCCAGGAGUUUAAGGGAGGUUACCACCAGCUGGUCAUCACAGAGGCUGACGAGGAAGACUCCACUGUUUACCAGAUUAGGGCCACCAACCAGGGAGGCUCCAUCUGUGCCACUGUCUCUCUGGAUGUUGAAAUUCCUGCCAAGAUCAACCUGCCAAAGAACCUGAAGGACAAGGAAGCCAUCCCUGCCCUGCGUGGAGAGGUGGUUAAUAUCAAGAUUCCUUUCAGUGGAAAACCAGAUCCUGUCAUCACAUGGCAAAAAGGACAAGAUCUAAUUGACAGCAAUGGACACUACCAGGUCAUUGUCACCAGAUCAUUCACUUCUUUGGUGUUUCCCAAUGGAGUAGAGAAGAAGGACGCUGGUUUUUACAUCGUCUGUGCCAAGAACAGAUUUGGCAUUGACCAGCAAACAGUUGAGCUGGAUGUAGCUGAUGUGCCUGAUCCUCCACGUGGUGUCAAAGCCAGUGAUGUCUCGAGAGACUCUGUGACACUGAACUGGGUGGCACCAGCAAAUGAUGGUGGCAGUAAGGUCAUCAGCUAUAUCAUUGAGAAGUGCCCCACCACAGCUGAGAGGUGGCAGCGUGUUGCCCAGUCCCGUGAAACCCAUUACACAGUUACCAAUCUGUUUGGCGGAACGAGCUAUCAGUUCAGAAUUAUUGCUGAAAACAAGUUUGGACAGAGCGCCCCAUCUGAGUCAAGCGGACCUGUCAUGACAAAAGAGGACAAAUCCCGAGUUCUGCUCUAUGACAGGGAGGUUGAUGAUACAGGAUAUGUGCCCAGGAGCAAGGCUCCACACUCUGAUGCCAAAAAUCUGCACAACAAAUUUGCCAUUGCAGAGGAAUUGGGCAGAGGGCAGUUCGGCAUUGUCCACCGCUGUGUUGAAAUUAGCUCUGAAAAGACUUACAUGGCUAAAUUUGUCAAAGUGAGAGGUGCUGAUCAGACAUUAGUAAAGAAAGAAAUUGCAACACUGAAUUUGGCCAGACAUGCCAAUUACCUUCUCCUCCACGAGUCCUUCGACAGCCCGGAGGAGCUGGUGAUGAUCUAUGAUUUCAUCUCAGGUGUUGACAUAUUUGAGCGCCUCAGUAUAGCAGAGUUUGAGCUUAAUGAGCGUGAAAUUGUUAACUACAUCAGGCAAGUCUGCUCAGCUCUUGAGUUCCUUCACGCUCAGAGUUAUGGACACUUUGAUAUCAGACCUGAGAAUAUUAUAUACACUACUAGAACCAGCUCGAAUGUGAAGAUUAUUGAGCUGGGACAGUCCAGACACCUGACUCCUGGAGACCAAAUCAAGAUUCAAUAUACCACAGCAGAGUAUGCUGCCCCUGAGAUCCACCAGUGUGACAUGGUUAGCACAGUCACUGACAUGUGGUCGGUUGGUGUUCUCGCCUAUGUGCUUCUUAGUGGCCUUAAUCCAUUCACAGCUGAAACCAACCAACAGACGAUCGACAACAUUUCCAGUGCAGCCUACAGCUAUGAUGAUGAAUCCUUCAAGCAAGUCAGUGUCGAAGCAUUAGACUUCACAGACCGCUUAAUGACAAAGGAGCGUAAGCAUCGGAUGACUGCAGCUGAGGCACUGGCACAUCCUUGGCUCACCAAACCUGUAGAGGAGAUCAGUGCCAGAGCAAUCCCAACUGGCAGGCACAAGAGAUACUACCAGACAAUGGUGAGGAAAGAGUGGAACACUGUUGUCUCUGGUGCCCGUGUGGCUAGCGGGGGUUCCAUUAGGUCUCAGCGUGGAGUCUUUGUUGCUAAGGUGAAAAUUGCACCAUUUGAGCAUGGUCCUCUUGCAGGGCAGAUUGGCCACGCAGUGGUGAAUGAGGGUGACAACGUGAAGUUCAUUUGCAACAUUGACAACUAUGAUAGCACUACUGAAGUAACAUGGUACUGUGGUGUCAGGCAACUUGAGGCUAGUGACAAGUAUGAAAUUGAAUAUGAAGAUGGUCUGGCAGUAAUCACCAUCAAUAAGGUCACAAGAGCAGAUGAUGGCACGUACAGAUGCAAGGUUGUAAAUGAGUAUGGUGAGGACAGUGCCUACGCUGAGCUGUUUAUCAGCAGUGUUAGGUCUUACCGCAAUUUCUUCACUGCCCGUGUGGUUAAGAGAACAAAGCGCAGAGUAGAUACUGCCAGAAUGCUUCAGAAGCCACCAGAGUUUACACUUCCUCUGGUCAACCAUACAGCUUAUAUUGGUGAGGAUGUGCGCUUUGGUGUUACCAUUACUGUGCACCCUGAACCUCGUGUCAUCUGGCACAAAUCUGGACAAAAGCUUAUCCCUGGACAUGAUGACAGGAAAUACACUUUCAUUAGUGACAAGGGCUUGUACCAGCUGAUUAUCCACAAUGUGGAGACUGAAGAUGAUGCAGAGUACAGUGUUGUGGCCCGUAACAGGUAUGGGGAUGACAGCUGCAAGGCUCGUCUCACUGUUGUUCCUCGACCUAAACCAGCAGAUCUCACCCUGAGGCCCAUGUUUAAACGUGUGCUUGCAAAUAUCGAUUGUAAGGAGGGCCAGGACAUACGUUUUGAGAUCAGAGUAUCUGGUCGUCCAUCACUGAAAUGGGAGAAGGAUGGCACGCCUUUAGCUUUUGGACCAUCCAUCGAGGUUGUCCAUGAGGGCCUGGAUUACUACAUUCUUCAUGUGAAGGACACUCUUCCUGAGGAUUCUGGUGUGUACAGAGUUACUGCUACCAACUCUGCUGGAUCCGCCAGUUGCCAGGCCACACUGAAAGUGGAGCGCACCACUCAUGUAAAGAAGGAAUAUGAGCCCAGUGAAAAGGAGAAGCAAAAGAUUGCCAGAAAGGAAGAAUUAGACAAAAAAGUUAGGCUCUCUCAGAUUUUGGCUGGCACUGUUGUCACCCCUCUACCACCUGCAGCAGUAGAAGCUGUCAGGGAAGCCGCCACCAUGUUUAAACCUGCUGUUACAACUAAGAAGGGUGAGAAGACUGAAGCUGAGAUACAGAAAGAACAAGAGGAGAGGAAGAAGAGAGCAGAUGAGAAGAGACUGCGUAUGCCCUAUGUUGUCCCCACACCUCGUAUCGUUAACCCAGCUAUUCUUGAAGAAGAUGUAGAAAUAAAACACUUCAAACCACUUUCUGACAUGAAAUGGUAUAAGAAACUGCGGGAUCAGUAUGAAUUCCCUGAGCCAAUGGAGAAAAUCCCACAGAAAAGGAUGAAGCGUAUCCGUCUGUCCCGGUGGGAGCAGUUCUAUGAGGUACCAAUCAGGAUUAAGGACCAAUAUAAGCCAAAGUGGCGCAUUUCAUCUAUGACUCAGGAUGACUUGGAGACUGUGAGGCCAGCAAGGCAUCGCACUCCUUCUCCUGAGAUGGAGACCUACCGCAGAAUCAGGAGGAGGUCUCUAGGUGACCUGUCAGAUGAGGAGCUGCUGCUUCCUGUGAAUGAGUAUCUGUCCAUGAAGAGAACUGAGGAGGAGAGGCUUCGUCUGGAGGAAGAACUAGAGCUUGGCUACUCUGCUUCUCCACCUAGCCUUAGUCCAGUUCGCUUUGAGUUGUCUGCCCUGCGUCCCUCAUCUCCUAGAAGGGUCUACGGUGAAGAGGAAGAGGAAGAAGAAGUUCACAGAUAUGAUUCCUACAGAAUUCCAUCCAAAUAUGAGGCUGGCCCAAGUUUUGUUGAUCUCCGCCAGCGUCAUGACAAAACAACUUAUAAACCUCCAAGACAAAAGCAGAGGGUGUAUGAAGAAAGAGAGGACCAGGAGCUGCUGCGGCCACACACGACUGCUCAGAGAAUCACCUCAUACAAGAGUGAACUCAAACGAAUGGAGUUUGAGGAGAAGACACGAAUCUCAAAAAAGGAAAGCACUGUUGCUGUUUCAAGAAUCUCUGAAGUCACAGAAUCUGAGCACCUGACAGCUUUUACCUCAGAAUAUAUCCCUAAACCAAUCAAAAAGCUCCCAGAGCCCGUGAGGAAAAGAUCCCCUACCCCAGAAAAGGCUGUCAAGACAGAUGUGACACUCCCUAAGGUUGACUUCAUGUCCAGGUAUGAGGAGAGAAAGCAGGCUCUGAGAUCAGAGAGAAGAUCUGUAGAGAGAAAGGUUGAGGUGGUGACCCAAGCACCCUUCAGCCUUGACCAUCCCCCACGCAUUACUGUCAGGAUGCGAUCUCAUCGUGUACCCUAUUGGUCCAACACAAGAUUUACCCUGAAUAUCCAGGCCAAACCUGAACCUGAGGUCAAGUGGUUCCACAAUGGAAAAGAAAUCCAUGAGAGCAGCAAAUAUACCAUGACCAACAUCAAUGGAGUCCUGACUCUCCAGAUCAUCAACUGUAUGACUGAAGAUUCUGGCACUUACCGUGUGGUUUGCAAGAAUGCCAAAGGAGAGACUUCUGACUAUGCCACACUAGAUGUAGCAGAUGAAUACGCUGCCUUCUCUUCACUUCGCAAAGAUGAGGAGCCUCCAUCUGCCCAUCUGCCAGAGAUGACCAAAACAGAGAUAUAUCACGUCUCAUCCUCUAAAACAUUAGUAACGGAAGCUGUAACUGAGACUGUGAAGGAGACCACUACUGUUGUUGAGAAGCCAAAGGAGAAGCCCAGUGUCCCUGCCAAAAUUCUGACUAAGCCACAGUCCCUCACUUUAGAGGAGGGACACACUGCCAGAUUUGAGUGUGAUGUGGAUGGUGAACCAGCACCUUCUAUAAGCUGGCUGCGUGAAGGAGCAGUUGUUGCUCCCUCUGCCCGACACCACAUUGUGUCUACUCAGUACAACUCCUCCUUUGAGAUCUCCUCUGUUGAGAUUUCAGAUGAAGGCAGCUACACUCUCUUAGUCGAAAACCCUGGAGGCAAACAAGAAGCCCAUUUCACCCUGACCAUCCGGAAGUCUGAGUCAAAGGAGAAAGUGGUUGCCCCUCCCAGAGUCACUUCUCCAGAAGCUAAAUCCCCUCUUGCAAAGUCCCCUGAACCGGUCAAAUCUCCCCAGAGGGUGAAAUCCCCUGAGCCAGUCAAGUCACCACAGAGAGUGAAGUCUCCAGUCUCGCCAAAAUCCCCAACACCAAAAUCUCCAACACCAAAGUCCCCAACCCCAAAAUCUCCUACUCCCAAAUCCCCAGUCACAUCUCAGAAGGAACAAACGAUUUCUCCAAUCAAGCCAAAGAGAGUGAUGUCACCGCCUCUUGGAAAGAAGCCGUCCUUCUCUGUUGGGCUGAGUGACAUCACAGCGUACUCCGAUUCUGUUGUGAAGCUGUCAGUAAAGUUGACAGGAGAGCCCAAACCUACAAUCUCGUGGAUGAAGGAUGGAAAGGUUUUGUCUCAAGGUGGAAAGUAUGAAUUAUUUGAGGAUUCUGGCUCAGCUCAUCUCGAGAUCUGUGAAUUGGAGGCCUCUGAUAGUGGGGUGUACAAGUGCACUGCUACAAACAGCGCUGGAGCAGUUUCAACUACGUGUACUGUCAGUGUACAAGGCUCAAAGAGCUCCAAAACAAAAGCUGAACUCUCUGAGGAAGUUCUAAAAAGAGAAAUGAUCCAUGAAGAAAUCUCGUCUUCUGUAAAGGAGGUGAAGACCUCCCACAGCCAGAUGUCGAUCACAGAGGGCCAGUCUCUAACACUGAGGGCAAGCGUCCCUGGUGCCUCUGACGUCAGAUGGAUCCUAAACGGGGUUGAACUGACCAACUCGGAGCAGUACAGAUAUGGAGUAUCUGGAAGUGACCACACCCUAACCAUCAGGACGGUGACCGAGCAUGAGCAGGGGAUCCUCACGUGUGAAGCGCAAACACAGCGAGGACUGGUCCGGUGUCAGUUUAACACCACGGUCACCACCAAGCAAUCAGACGCGCCUCAUUUUCUGGUGCAGCCCAGGUCCCAGAAUGUUAAUGAAGGACAAAAUGUGAAAUUCACGUGUGAAAUUGCAGGAGAGCCUUCUCCUGAAGUGGAGUGGUUGAAAGACAACAUGAUUAUAUUUGUCACAUCAAACUUGAAACUGAGCCGCUCUAAGAAUGUGUAUACUCUGGAGAUACGUGAAGCCACAGUUGCAGACAGUGGGAAAUACACAGUAAAGGCCAAAAAUCAGUUUGGACAGUGCUCUGCAACUGCGUCCCUCAACGUCCUCACUCUUGUUGAAGAACCGACAAAAAUUAUAAUCGCAGAACAAAGAGCUUCUACUGACACUGCAGCGAGCAUGCAGAAAAGAUUCAUGGCCUCCUCAGUUCACAUGGAAGCAGCUUCCAUGCAGGCCAGCAGUGUCAGCAGCAGCUCCCACACUGCUGCUGCCGGGUUUUCAUUUGAGAGCAUGUCUGCGACUAGCAUGUCAGCCACGAUGGCCGAGUCGGUGGUUUCCAUGAGCUCCAGGAGCACGAUGAUGGAAAUGUCUGCUCAUACGCAUGCCGAGUCCUCGUCCUCACUGAAGGCCCUCACCACGGGGAUUAAAAGAGGUACUCCACCAAAGGUCGAAGCGCUUCCAGAGGAUGUGUGCGCAGAGCCGGGGAAGUCUCUAACCGUAGUGGGGAUGUUCUCCGGAGACCCCGCACCCUCUGUCCAGUGGGUCCGCUCAGGUCGGACGCUCCCCAACGGGGAUGAGCGAUACCACGUGGAGAAUACCACCGACCUCUCCACCCUCGUGAUCUCUGCAGUGAAGGAGGCUGAUGCCGGAGCGUACACCCUCAGACUGUCCAACGAGCUCGGCUCCGACUCUGCAACCGUCAACAUUCGCAUUCGGUCCAUGUAA